GUGUUGGGGCGUGAGUCACAUGACCCGCUCGCCUGUUCUCUCCCGUCUUCUCGACCAUGUCAGCGGAGUAGCCCCGGAAGCUGCACCGAGAGCCCCGCGCCCCGCCAUGAGACGCGACGCCUGGGCCCCGCCUGAGGGGCCUCGCCUGCUCCGGGUUUCCUCGCCUGGGGCUCGACCCGGGUUCCCCCUCGUCCUGCUGCUCCUCUCCAUCGUCCUCCCGAGUCAGCGGGGAGGAAGCGCCGCCGCCGCCGCGGCCCAGGGCAGCUUCAGCUACCAGGAGCUGUGCCGGUGAGUGAGUGCCUGGCUCGCCUCCUCCGUCCCGGGGGGCUGCCCCUGGUGAACAGCUGGCAGGGGCCCAAGGGCGGCGCGCGGAACCGGAAAACUCGAGUUGCUGCUUCCCCUUUCCGUGCAGCACCUGGCGCGCAGGUGGAAACGCUGAGCGUUCGGACAAGCGCUGCUUCGGCUUCCUCUUCUUUUGUGUUUGUAACGGUUAUGGGACAUCUCGUAUUUUAGUCUUUAAAGUAGCCUUUUCGUACCUUUUAAUUCCCCCCCCCUCCCGCCCUUCUGUAUUCCCUCGGUUGUAUUAGGGAAAUGUGCGUUUGCGUGUCUGGUAAAAGACGCCUUCUGUGUUAGUUCGCAGAGGACGCAACCGCUCCUAAUGCCAUCCCCCCAUAGGUGGAACUGCUCGGGUUUGUUUCAGACAUGUUAUCUGUGCAGGCAGUGGGGCUGCUUUGUAACUUCUAAAGUGAUUUUAUGCAAGGAGGAGUGCUUUCUUCAAGGAGUUUAGCUGGGGUGCCAUCUGCUGUACUAUACAAGUCAGUACUGGGCUGGAGCAGUGUCCUUAAUGCCUGGACCUGAGGAGCACUGGCUCCCUUCCACAGCUUUCUGUCAACUGUUAAAACAGUCUUCAUUCCUAGGCAGUUUUUGCCUGGAUAGUAAUUGAGCUUUUUCACAGCUGUGAUGUAUUGACUCAAUUACACUUUGUCAAAACACAUUUGCAUAAAAUUUCCCUUGGGAGAAUGGUGUUGCGAAAUGAACUUAAUUGCCUAUCUCAGACCUUCCUCUUUGUUAGGAGGUAUAACUAGAGUUAUUGCUUGUGUAUUUAACUUGUUCAGUGGGUUGGAUCCUGCACCAUCAAAAUAAUUGCAUAUGGUAUGCUUGGAACAAUGCAAAUCUAGUAAGCAGAACAGGUUUUUCCUGCUGUUAACUUGAGAAAUUGUUAAUUUAACCUUUGCCUGCUCUCCUGCCUUGUGAUAGCCAGCUCAAAAGUUCAGUAUGUUUCGCUUUCUGUGGAAAGGAGACUCAGCCCUCAUCAUGUUUUUAUGCAAACAUUUAUGAAUGUAUGAAGCUGUUUUAGACAAAGUCUGAUAUGAUACAUUUAACUGAAGAUAGUUUCUACUGAUUAGCAUCAGUUCUCCAGGAUUUCAGAUGGGCUCUUCUUGACUCUGCUUAGAGAGGCCAGAAACUUUUUGUAUGGAAAGCAUUUACAGUAUCACUGAACUAUGUCUCCUUCACAGGCAACUCUGUAAUUGGGGUAGCCUGACAUGCAUAGAUGUCUUGCGUUAGUAUGCUGCACCUUGUUACUUUAAGCAAACUGUAAAUAGCAUUUAUUCAAAAUUCUUAAAGAAUUAUUUAGCACCUUUGGGUGUUCAAAAUGCAUUACAUAUGUAUUGUUGUUGUUUAGUUGUUUAGUCGUGUCCGACUCUUCGUGACCCCAUGGACCAGAGCACGCCAGGCACUCCUGUCUUCCACUGCCUCCCACAGUUUGGUCAAAACAUAUGUAUUACGUAUCACAUUUUGUAUUGUUAUGGAAGAGAGGAACCCCUAAGCGGUGAGAUAUUCCAAGCCCAAUGAGGUUAAUUGCUAAUUGAAGCUUUCCCGCCAAGGAAACAAUAAACUUUGGAUGGGGAGAACACUGGGAACUAAUAAGGAACAGGGGAAGCUGCCUUAUACUGAGCCAGACUUUUGGUCCAUGUAUUCAUUAUUGUCCUCAGUGACUGGCAGACACUCCAGAGUUUCAUGCGGAAAAUUCUCAGUCCUACCUGAAGAUGACAGGAAUUGAACCUGUGACCUUCUGCAUGUGAAGCAGAUGCUCUACCAUUGAGCUAUGACCCUUCCCAUCUUACCUCUCUCUAAUAAUUUUUUUACAUUGAUACAAGUUUAGGCACGUCUUAAUUAGCUGAGGUUGCUCUACAAUCACAAGAUCACUGCUGUAGCCCUAUGAAGCCUGCCUCAAGCCAACACAACUAAACUCUUAGCUUCCUUUUGUUUCAUCUUCUCCAUGCACUCCAUCCUUAAAUAGUAUAUUUUCGGAUCCUAUCCCUGCAGAUGAAUUGUCUGUUCAGAAGAAUAUUCUUUAAUAAAUCCCUGCCAGUGUGGAAAUUUCAGCAAGUCGCAAGUAAUUGAUUCUUUAGAGAAUGGUUUGUCCGUAUUUCCUGCCUUGCUAUAAAAGAUGGCCUUCAGCAGCUAUAACAGUUAUCCCCAUAUUGCAAAUGGGGAUACACAGAAAGAAGAAUGCUUGAGUAAGGCCACCCAUUGAGUUCAUGGCAGAAGUGACAUUUGAAUUGGGGACUGCACUGAUUUCUUGGCUUUGUCUUUUGGCCACUAUGUUACACUACAAUCUGUUUCUUCUGCUUUGUUGAUUUUUGCGUGGAAGUGGAGAGAGGCUACCAUGUUGAAUUGUAGAUACAUUUUUAAACCGAAACAAGAAAUUGGUUAUACUUGGAGUACAUUUUGUUCAGGACUAAGUUGGAAAAGCACUCUUUAUGUGUGCAAAAAUGCAUUCCACAUUGAAUAAACACAAACAGCGGCUCAUUGUGUGAAUGAGGUGAGCUGUAUACCUGCAGGAUUUUACUGAAAAGGUUUUUGCUUCAUUUUUCCAAUGAAUAAAGCAAUUCAUUGCUUUAGAGAAUCUGUGUAGUAUCCCAAUGCAAGUGGGUUGGUCUCUCUCUCUGUGUAUAUUUAUUAAACUUUUGGGUUGUGCUGUACUAGCAAUUCCAACCUUGCCAUUGUAUAAAGUAGAACAUGGCAGGUAAUUUUGGCAUGUGCCUGCAGACUUGCAAUUGAGCACAGAGCAGAAGUUUACAAAAAGCCUGGUUGAGUCUAGAUUAAAACUGACUUGGUGACGAACUGAUGUGUCUUUAUCAGUAUCAUUUGUUUUCAGGGGAAAAAAAUAUAAGCAGUGAUGUUUACCAAAAACAAAACAACAACAACAAAACAAAUUGUUGAAACUUGGAAAAUACAGAAAUAUUCUAAAUUCAACACCACUGGUACCAGCACUUAACUUCACCUUAGUCAAUCUUCUGCGUGUCAACUUGCAAUUAUAGCUUCAUGAUCUUACAUAACUGCCUAUAUUUUCUUGGUUAAAAAAAAUAAAUCUAUAUGGUAUUUUGUUUGGAUAUGUCCUAUUCUUUCUUGUUUUCCUGCCAGCAUUUUAAAUAUGCUCUCCCUUGGUAAAUUUCAGUGUGGAGUCUUUGGGAUUUUUCCAAUAAUACUCUUGUCUGAGGUAGCAAUAUUGAAAUAUUUAGAACAUUGCUUCUUAAAUGCAAGAUGUGAACAAUAUACAAACUUUAGUGUAAAGCCACAUUUUAAAAUUUAAUCUAUAAAUGCUUCUGAUAAAUUUUAACUAUCCACAAUGUGUUGAAAUCCAACACAGUGCAAAUAGGCAGAUUUACGCCACUACUAACGUUGCAUUUCCAGAAGAGAGAUCAUACCCAAAAUUACAGAGGGCAAUCUACCAUAUUUUCCCAUUUAGGAUGGGUUGCAGCUUUUUGAAGGGGGAAUAUUUAGAAAGUUAAGCCCUGACCUCAUGCAGUUCAGUGGUUCUUUGCAAUACUGUAGAUUAAGGGGGGGAAAUCUCUCACUGUUAGAUGCCUUGUUGGAGUAGAUGCAGUUUGGGAGGGAGGACAGAAAAGCAAUAUCGGGCACCAUUUGUUAGUUACAGAAUUAUUGUAAUGACUAGCAGGAAUUGAAAGAUUUCAAGGAGAGGAGGAGUAAAAAUGUGUUGGUGUUACAGCAGAGGCCUUGCAGUUCUAUGUGUCUCCUUGUUCUAUAGCCUGAUGGAAAGGCUACUAGAGAUGACAGUGGCAGGAGAAAUCUGAUAGAGCUGGUCUUAUGGUAGAGUGGAUGGAGAGUGACUGUUGUCCAUAUGGGUUCACUAUGUCUGCUCCAGUGCCUAGUGUACUAUUUUUGGACUUAAUUCACAUUUCUGCCUUCCCAUAACUUUUCGCCUUACCUCUGCACAGGCCCUCGUCUCCUGCACCCCAUUUAUUAAUCUUUUGUAGCAUCGCCUAAAAGUCCCACAUUACAUAUCUAUUUAAAUAUUUCUAGGCUGUUGCUUGGGCAAGGCCCUCACAGGACAUCUUACCUAAAACGACAAUUUAUUUUGGGUAUAAAAUGCCGUCUAUAUUUCAGUUGAAAUUAUUUAAAAUAAUAGUCUAAAACUAAAACAAUAGACUAUUAUAAUAUAUUAGCUGUAACAACUUAAAGCGAUUUCCAAAAUCAGCACCAUUUGUUGUUGAUGCUGAUAGCCAUCUGUCUCGGGAAACAAUGGAGGAGUGUGCCUUUGGGGUGCAGCCAAACCUUCUACCGUUAAGAAAAAACAAUUGAAAUAAGUGAGUUUCAAAAGCUUGUACUGAUUGGGCCAUUUAUAUAUCACUUGGGUGAGAGUUCACAAACUGGGGGGGUUGCUACUUGAAAGACCUUGUCUUGUGCCUGGGAGGGAGUUUCCACAAAUGUAGGGCUGCAAAUGGAAGGCUCCAGAGAAACAACCUUUUCAGUAUCUUUGAUUUUUAGAGAUAGGACCUCUGGAGUUUAUCUCGGAGUGCAGGCAGGUUUGUACCAGUGAAAGGGCUUCUUCUGAUAACCUGACCACAAACCAUUCAGUGGGUUCAAGUUCAGCAUAGCCACUUUAAAUGUGCUCAGGAGUGCAGCUGGUCCAAUAUCGGUGUUGUGUGUCUCACUAGCAUCUGGGUAAAUACUUUUCUUGGAGUCAAGGAUGGUGACCAUUGUCACAAUGUGAGACUGGGAACAAGACCUUGGCAGACUUGGUGACCCUGCUUGGCUACCCGGGCUAGCUAAGAUCUGUGGCAAAACAGUUAACAAUUUAAGUUGCUUUUGUAAUGAGCACAAGUCUCACACUUGUUGAUUUAAAAGUAUUCUCUUCUGAUGUUGUUUUAAGUACUUUGACCAUCAGUUGACUGAAUUGUUUUGGGCUAGUCAAAUGCCCAGCCCUACAAGCAAUGCUUCUCUGAGUCAGGUUGGCUCCCUUGGUGAGAAGGGGGCCAUGACCACUGUAGAAUUGCUUACAGCAUUAAGUAGCCUGUACUUCCCUUUGUCUGCCUUUGUGUCAUGGGCAUAACAAAUACAUUCCAUUUGACUAGAAGUCUCAUGAUUUGGGACUGGAAACUGAAAGCUUUUUCUCACUGUUAACACCAACCUUUUUUUUUAAAGGCUUUUCUUUUGAAUGUUUAUUCCAUGUCAGAUUGCAUAAAUGAAACUCCUGUGGCCCAAGUUCUUGUCUGAUUAAUUGAGUCAUUUUAAACAUGACCUCAGCUGCAGGGGGCUUUCCAUGGAGAAGCAGGUCCCAUAACGUUAGUCAGGCCAAUAUAGUUAAGGCUCCUGAGAUGAGAGCGCCUAUGAAUAUGGUACGGGUGGCAGCACUUGGAGAAAUACAUAUGCUGCCAAGGGUGAAUAUGUUUGCAUGCAGGGGGAACAGAACCUGUUGUUCAAUAAACACAAAUGUGAAAAUGGAAGUGUUAAUUGCCACUUCAGUUCUCAAUAACUACUUGCUUUUAUCUUCUGUAAGACAUGUUGAAUCCUUUGUCUGAUGUUUUCCACUAGGUGGGUACGGCGCCUGUGGCCCUCCAGAUGUUGUUGCACUCCCAACACCCAUCUGUCCCAGGCAUCAUGGCCAAUGGUUAGGGAUGAUGGGACUUUAGUCCUCAAAAUCUGUUUAGCUACCCCUGGUACAUAGUUACUUAGAAGUUUGUUAUUGAAAUAUUAACUGCAGCUGGAAGAGUGUCCCUCUGAACUAAUGGCCAAUCUUCUAUGACAUUCUGGGAAAGAGGCUGUAGCUUGGUGGUAGGUGGAGCAUAUAUUUUGCAUGCAAAAGUUCUCAGGUUUGAUCCCUGGUGUCUCUAGGUAGGACUGAAAUACUGAAGCUAGCUGGGCCUCUAUGGAAGGCAGUGUCUUACGUUCCUGAGCAUUAAAUGCUAAUUUCAGAAAAAAAAUACUUCCUCACCAUCAUCAUCAUCAUAUUAUUAUUAUUAUUAUUAUUUAUUAUAUUUAAUAAAUUUGUAUUCCACCCUUCAUCUGAAGAUCACAGGGCGCUUCACAACUUUUAGUUUGUUCCAUAUUUUUGAGGUGACAAUAGAUGGUUUGCAUGUGUUUAGCAAAGAUGAAUUUUCAUUUUGGUUAAACUGCUUCAGAAUGUAAUCUGAAAUGUGCCUUAUCAAAAAGAUGUUCAUUGUUGCAGCUCCCUGCAUUGCUGAUAGUGUGCUGGAAAGCUCAUUGGGGGGAGGGGUGUGUGUUAAAUAUGAACAAAAAGUUUGCUAGAUUUAAGAUGCUGAUGAGUAGCCUGGGCUGAAACAUGUAUCUAAAGAAGUGUGCGCGCACAUGAAAGCUCAUACCAAUAACAAACUUAGUUGGCCUCUAAGGUGCUACUGGAAGGAAAUUUUUUAUUUUGUUGAAACAUGUAGUUUGGCAGCACAUAUUCAUUGUACCUCCCUCCCACUAUUCUUUUUCAGUUAUACGUGGGAAGCUGUUGAUCCAGAUAAAGUACACUACAAAAUCAACCUCUGUGGUAGUGCCACAGGCUGUGGAGGGUCGAGUACCAUUUGUGCAUACGACAUAAAAAGCAAUGCCAGUUUCUCAGUAGGUAAGUCCAGAGAUUUGUCUGCUAUAUGGAUGUUAAAAUGUGAAACACAACGCAUUAAAUUCUCUUGCGUGUGCCUGUGUUCAAGGUUUCUCUCCUUGUCCUGAAAGCUUCAUGUUCUUGCUGGUGAGCUAUAUCGCCUGCCCUUUGCGGCAGUUGACUUUUGGGGUGUGGUGUGCAAAGGGAAGAGAAUGGCUUAAACUGAUAAGGACUGCUUUAAAAUGAAUCUAUCCUUUCUUUCCUGGCUUGUAAUGCAUGUGUAUGUGGGUUGGCAUCCUAAAGUUAAGUCUGGUUCUGUUUUCAGCCAGCAAUUUGAGGAGGCAGAAAUAACUCAAUCCGUUAAAGCAAAAUCUUGUAGCAGCAGGCAGGGUAUGUGGGCAAAGUUUUUGUUUUGGGGGUGCUCUGGUCUCUCCUCUACCGCAUAACCUGCGUGAUGCUAGGAGCCAGCUGGCUUUUCUCAACCCUUGUGAUCUAGCUUUCCUUGAGAAUGAGGAUUUGGUUUGCUCCUGUUAUUCCUUCUACAUGCCUUGGCUCCCUCCCCAAAAUGGGUCCAGAGAGAGGCGUGUGACAUGACCAGCUCAGCCUAGAAGCUUCAUAAAAUCCAUCUCUCCGCCAUGAGCCAAUUAAAGUGUUACACAAGCAGCACACCCUAUCCCUAAACUGCUGAUUAGUGAUGGUGGAGGGCCACAUGUUCCCUGCCCUAGAUAAAGAUGUAAAAGUUCUAGAAAGCUUGAAGCUGUGGCUAAAAAGCUUUUUCUGUCCCUCUCUUCCUUGGAAAGAACCAUAGGUUGACCUGCCUGCAGAACAGGCUUCUGCUUGUGCAACAAGACUUUGCCUUCAUCACCUCCUCCAUACUCCCACUUCACCCUGAAAUAUGCUCUUGAGAUUGGGGGGAUAGUUGCUUUAAAAGUAGAUGAGUGGCACACCACCUCCAAGGUGGCUGUGAGGAAAACAAAAUAUAGAGACCCUCAGCACUGAAUUCCACCCCAUGCUGGAAGAAGGGGAAAGGCAACUUUCCCCAACUUCCUUUCCCGCUAUGCCGCCUGACUCGCUUCACUGGAGGGUUGGUUGAGACACCAGAACACUGUGAAAAGCUGAGGGGGUGGGGGCUGCAGGGGAAAGGGAAACGGUUGAAAAUGGAUUCUCCCUUGUGUUCCUCCAGUGGGAACCUUUUCCAAGUAACUUCUGUGAAUUGAGGCAGUCCUGGAGCACUAGGUUGGGAUCCAUCCCGGUUACUCUUUUAGUUUUACUUACCCACACCCAUCCUGAAAUGGCGUCUGGUGGUCAUGUGUAUAUACAGUAUAUGUAUAUGUAAUAUUUUUUGCAUUUUGUGGUGAUUAAAAAAUAGUCAUACACUUUUAUUAAAUUAUCAUCCUCCAACCCCUGGACUUCAGUUUCAAAUAGAACACAUCCUAUAGAACAUUUCUAAUUUUGCAAUUAGGCCUCGAGAGCAUAUUAAUUCUGGAUGAUUUCAAGGACUUUCCUUGGCAGCUGUUAUAGAGGGUUAGACUUCUUACUUGUCAAUGUAAGCUGAGUUCUGGAGCCAGUAUCUUGUUCUCGGGGGUGGGGAAGAAGAGAACCAUUGACCUUCAUAGCCGCAGACUGUCUCUAUCUCUUGCUCCUGACUGUGGAAUAAUGAAAGGAGUUGAUUUCCUUUUAAGCAAUAUAUAACUCCUAAUAGUCCUGGCAGAGCCAGUCAAAAAUCGAAUCUAUUUUCACUCUUUCUGAGUUGGCAAAAGUCCAAGCUGCAGCAUUGAUGCUAGCUAUGUUCUGCUGAGCAUCUUCACUGACUUUGGACUUGGCCGUAGUCACAAGAGAACGGAAAAGACAAAAGGAGAGGGAAUUUCAUUGAAGGAACUUGUACACAAGUAUUUCUGGGUGGUGGCACACGAAAUACUUCUUCAAAACUCCUUGGCAAAUACAUGGGUGUGCACUAAGAUGGGGAAAUGAGACACUGAGGAGAAAUCAUGCCUCCCGUGGUUUAGCCUUUGCUAAAACCAUGAUAUAAUUAAAAAAUGGGGUGCUGCCCACAGACACUGUGCUCCUAGUUUUAUGGCGUUAGACAGAUGCAUGAAGAAUAAGGCUGUCAGUGGCUCCUAGCCAUGAAAGCUAUGCCCUGUCUCCGUGGUCAGAGGCAGCAUGUUUCUGCAUACCUUUUGCAGGAAACCACAGGGUCCUCCUCCCAGGUUUCUCACAGAUAUCUGGUUGGCAGCGGUGAGAACAGGAUGCUGGACUGGAUGAGACAGUUGCCUGACCCAGCAGGGUCUUCUAUGCACUUACAGAAUACAUGACCGCAGACUAAGAAUCCAUUGUAGUCAGAUGACUGAAGACUGUGCCUAGACCCACCUAGGGAAGAACGAUGCUUCAGUUUUUCAUGGUGGGCUUGCUAGGCAGAUACAUUUUAUUUAGCUGGGCCUCUGAUUCAUACGAUGUGUGUCUCCAUUGAUUUUAACCUGUGUGUGUGUGUGUGUGAUUUUAUGGAUGAUUUUAAGAGCUUAUUUUUGGGUUUUCCUUUUACUGCUUUUUGUUGUAUUUGUUGCAUUAGCUGGCUCGAGCACCUUUAAUGGAAAGGUGUGAUCUAGAUAGGUGAGUGAAUAGCUCCAGCUUCAUGUUUUGGCUGUAUGCCAAAAUAAGAAAAAAGAACAGAGGCCUACUUUGCACAGAGGCAGAGAAGCUGUAUUGCAUCAGACUGCAGGUGGAGGCUCACCUGACUGGAUGCUCUUCAUUACGAAAGCUAAACUUCCUCAAUGCUAGAAAGAUGAAAUAGAGAUAGAUGUUUCCUUGAUUUUUUAAAAUGCUUCUUAAGUCACGAGCCAGCCUAUUCAUUCAAGGUCAAAACCCACAUGUUUCUCCCUACAGAAAAGGACUAACUGAGGGGGUGCUCUUGUUCUGCUCUAUAUGGCUUCUAUAUGGCUUGGCUCCUAAGCAGGGCAAGACCCUUCCAUGUACACAAAUAUCCCUGCAGAAUUCUUCCCAGUUUUCCACCCCCUGCAGCCCUUGUACCUCAUCCAACACCGUUUGAAAACGGGUUCUCAUUCCUUGGGAGCAUCUUUGCUUUGGGUGCUGAGGGUUUUCGUAAGGGAUGGCUCUAGGGGAACCCCGUUGCACAAGCGUGGAGUUCAGCUGGCUGCUCUUGGGUGGCCAAGAGAUCAGAGGAAUGAGAGUAGGUUAAUGGGAGUUUCAGCAGUAGGUGUUGUUCAAUCCAUUCUUAACCUAAAGAGAUUUCUCAUGAAGGUGUUCUACUACUCCAAAACAUGUUUAGCUCAAUCUUUGCACAUAAAGGUAAUCAAGACAAAUGUGUUUUCUGUAAGUGGAUAUCAGGUGGGCUUUUAAAAAAACAACAACUACAAUAUGCCCUGUACUAAGCUUUUGAAAUAUAGGCAUUUACCCUCUGAAUUACAGAAGAUCUAUUUCAAAGUAUCAGUUCUGAAUUGGUUAAAAUUGGAUUACGGAAGGCUUGUGUGGAUUGGCAAAUCCAAUUUGGCCCAAGCUUCUAUUAGUCUUACACAAUAUAAGGCAGGGGUAUAAAUAUAUUUUGACUUCGUUGUUGCUUUGUUUAGGGGAUUCCUCGUUGAUGAGAAGUUCUAAACUGCUCUUGGAGUUCAACACUACACAGACUUGUAGACAGCAAGGAACCGAGCACAAAUUACAAAGCAACAUUAAUUUCUAUUGUGGGAAGACUCUGGUCAGUAUGGCAUUAUUGCCAAAAACCUUUCUAGUUUUAAAAAUAUAUGCAAGGACAUAUUUUCCUCAAUUUUUAAUGUGUUUUUGAAAGCUAAGUUUUAUUAUUAAAACAUUGAACAUGAUAACCAAUACAAAAGUAUAAUUGAUAAAUCACAAUAGGAAAAUACAAACAUGUUGAGAAAUGCAUUUUUUUAUAUUUUAAAGACUUAAUGUCAAUUCAUAUGCUUUAUUUCUUUCAAUAUGGCAUCUGUUACUUUUAAUUUAUAGAUUCUUUCUGGUAUAAAGCUACCUGUAUAUUGUGUUUCCUUGGCUCUUCUGGAGUGCAUGGGCUUUGUUUAGAAGGGAUACCCAAACCAAAUGUUUGUUUUUAUCUCUCAGUAACUGUAUAGUUAAUCAGUUUAUGCACACGGGUUGACUGUAAGAUGUAUUGUAUUUUAGUUACACCUGUUUUCUCAGCCAACGUUAACUGACUGCCAGAGCAGCUUAAAAUUAAGAUCUAUAAAAAGUUGGGCUACUGGGGCAUGUUUUUCAUGUAUAAUCGGGAAAUAAAAGUGCAUUUGAGAAGGCAUCUGAGAACCCGAAUUCUAAUUAAUUGUCCUGUUAUUCCAAGUACCUUAGUUUGUGGUACACUAUGUGUAUGUACUUUCAUAUUCCUGGCUUCAUUCCAUAUCUGCCAACUUGCCAACGAAAAGUCAUUCAGCAAUUAAUUACCUCCUAGAGUGUUCUUGUUCUAGCUCUAGGCAAUUGGUUUCUGUUACCCGUUUGAACGAUUAAGCUUUCUGUUUUUGGUUUAAUAAUGAGUAACAGCACACUUUGUAUUUCGUCAAUUUCUUAAUCAGGGUUCCCCAGAAUUUGUGACUUCAACCAGUUGUGUGCACUACUUUGAAUGGAAGACAUAUGUGGCCUGCAAGAAAGAUUUGUUUAAACCAACUGAAGAGGUAAUGCAAGUUCUAGGCUGGAGUGGGGAACCUUUUUGGCUCCACAUUCCAGGUCCUGAUCAGGAUCAGUCUCAUGGGCCAAAGUUGAAAGGAGGCUGGUGAUGCCACCUGUUAAAAUCUCUUGCACAGGGUUACUGCUUGGGAACCACAUGGGACCCACAUCACAAGGAAAGUUGUCAACCUCAUGCUCAAUGCAACGGCAAGAACGGGGAGAGGGCAGGCGAACACAGGGAGGUGGGCAUGGUUGCUCCUCAGCCCUGUUGCUGGUUUCCCUAGUGAGCAAAUCAUAAUGGCAGUAAAGAGCAGCCAGAGAGGGCUCCAGGCUGCAAUGGACCCUUCUGGGACAAUGGAGCCUUGACUAGCCUAAGGUAUACUUCUAAGCAUUCUAGCCCCAACCUGGUUCCACUGGUGAGCUAUAUAACCAGUACCUUGAAUUAAUGCACAAUUCCAUUGGCAGCAAGGCACUUACCUAACCGUUUCAGCAAAACUUGAUGCAAUAUCUACAUCAGCUAUACAUGUUGAAGCAUGAUUCUUCCAUAGGCAGGUCUCCAAUGGGAGUGUCUGUAUUGGGAUUCUUUCCUGAAAUGUGUGAAAUGGUCUCUGAAAUGGUGUGAUGCUUUCUCUUCUGCAUGUCAUUAGUGUGAUUUAAUUUCUAGGUGCCUUGUUACGUAUUUGAUGGAGACUUGAGGAAACGUGACUUGAACCCACUGAUUAAAACUUCUGGAGGAUACUUGGUAGAGGACUCGGAUGAUGACGUGGAGCUCUACAUCAACGUCUGUAGAAACAUAGGUCUGAACCUUGGCAUACAUUGUGUGUCUAAUAUGCCUGCUUUUUGUUUUUCAUCUGAGUCACAUUUUCCCCUUAGAAACUUGAAGCACACCUUCCUGUAAAUAGUCUGAUACAUAUUUUUUAAACAGGUUGAAGCAUGCUUAAUUUCUUUUUGAAAAUUAUUUUGCUAGUCAGUACUUUGCAGUAUCUGGUGACUCCUUGGGCCACUAAAAUAUUUUACUAGAUGCAUCAUGAUACUGUUUUACACGAUCUUGUAUUGACUAUAAUGACCUUCUUUUUUUUUGAGACUUGCUUUUGGGAUACAUUUUCCAAAUGGGCCAUUGCCGUGGUUAUAUAGAUGGAAUGAGAUGCUGCUGCUUUUUUCCCUUAAGGUCAGAAUUAAGAACAGAGAUUCACCUCAGUUUUUCUGUCCCCACCACCAGGCUUUCACAUCUCUAAUUGAUUAAGAGCCCAUUUUCUUUCCUAGAAAGAAUACAUCUGAACGAUCAAACCUCAGAUGCAUUCAGAAUAGUGUAUUACCUCAGCCCUUUCAAACAUGAACCGAGAUACGCCUGAGUAACCUUUUUCCAGCCUCCAGAUGUUAGAAUCAAAGAAUGGUAGAGUUGGGACGGACCAUGAGGAUUAUCUAAUCCAACCCCCUGCAAUGCAGGAAUCUUUUUGCCCCACGUGGGGCUCAAACCAUAACCCUAAAAUUCAGAGUCUCAUGCUGUGCCGACUGAUCUUCCCCAAAAAAACAAUUUUACAGUGGACUUCCUCAGUUUAAGAGACAUAGAAAACAAAUUCCCUGUGUUCAAACAUUCCUAAAUUCUCUGUUGCAUUGUUUGCAUCAUUUUUUUAAGAUUUGUUAGGCCUUCCAGAGGAACAGUGGAACACAGGCAGCUGCCUUAUAUGAAGUCAGACCAUUGGUCCACAUAGCUCAGUAUUGCUGACUUGGGCAGCAGCUCCCCAAGGUUUUGGGUUAGGAGUCUUUUCCAGCCAUACCUGGAAGUGCUGGGAAUUUGAAUCUGGAGCCUUUUGUUAUCAAAAAAGAUGUUCUGCUACUGAACUACAGUCAUUCCCAGAUUUCAUCUUGUACAUGAUUGUUAUAGGAUCUGUAGUUCAAAUGUUGUCAGUUUUCCAAGUUACUGUCCCGACAUUUCCUCUCUAACACAGUGCUGAAGAAAACAAAGUAAAAGGUCAUCUAUGUGCUCAGCUUCUGAUAUUAGUAGAUAAUAGAUCAAUCAUUAGUAGAUGGAUCAAUACACCUUAUUAGAACUGGCUUUGCCCAUCUUAAGUUACUCAUAAAAGCUUGCGAGUUUUAGGAAACAAUGCCAAAUAAGGAUAAUAUGUGGAGUUGAGAUUAUUCCAAACUUUUAACACAUCACUGGGGUAAUACUAGUUUGUAAAGCUUACCCCUCUUAGGACAGUAAGACGUAACUCAAGAGUUACUAAAAGACUGUUCAUAUUCUCUGAAGUAUCGUUUCUAGAGAGCCAUUCAGCCAGGAACUGUUGUUGAUAUGCAUAGUGCGUGCAGGUAUUUGGUAAAUUUAUUUUUCCCCCACUCUGGGUAUCUUGAACUGAGUACCUUUUGCCAUUCUAGAAUGUUUCUGCAACCAUAAAGAUGUUAAGAUAAGUAUUGCCUACUCCUCCAGCUUAGUGGGUAUUAUAUGUAAAGAUAAUCUUUGAUUUCUGUAGCUUUGAUUUUUCAGUCUGGCCCAGCAGUCUCCUCGUCCCAUUUAUUCUUAUGCACUACAUGGUCAAAAUUAAGUUUACAUUUAAAUGGAAGACUUUGCCCUAACAUCCUUCUGAAACCUUAUUUAUGGUCUUAUUUCUUACAUAAACAUUGUAUUGACAGGAAAAUCCUCUGUUGAGGGCAAGGGUUGUCCAGAGGGAAGUUCAGCUUGCCUGUUGAAGGAUGGUCAUGCAUUUGACCUGGGGCAUCCUAAAGAACAACUCAAGCAGCUUGAUAAAAACAGGUAUGACUUCAGUCUUAUGGUAUUUUAAACCAGGGUGAGGAAACUGGGUCCCCUACAGUGCUUUUUGACACCCUUAAGUAUGGCCAGCAAUCAGGAAUUAUGAGAAUUGUAGUCAGCAACGUUUGGAGGGCCACAAGUUCCCCAUCUCUGCUUUAAAGGGGCUAUCAUUUGAAUAUCAAUCUUAGUAAAUGAUUUCAAAAGUAGUCUACUGUAAAGUACAGUUUACCGUUUAGCACUCAAAUUAUUUUGUUGCUGUUGGGAAUACUGGUGGCUUAAGAGUUCCAUUUAAUGUAUUUUCUUUAAUCCGUAAUUAAUCUAGCCAGUUUUUGUUUCUGGAGCACGGUAAAGCUAACCACUUAUAAAAGCAUGAUCUAGAAACUUUUUAGUAUUUAAAUUUUAUUAGUCUUCUUAGUAAUUUUGUGUUCUUCUCUGACUUUCACAAAAGAAUUGCUGAAAGCAUAUUACAAAUACAACAGCAGACAUCUGUUUGUAAAAAUAAAUACUGUUACUCAUAAAAAAAUCAAAAGUUGUUAAAACAAACCUGCAUAUAAUUUAAAAAAUGCAAAAAAUAAAAUAGGAGAUCAACCAACAAAGCAACAAUGAUCCAGCCAUUAAAACAUAUUAAACUGUAAAAAGCACACAAAGAAUGGCGCUUGCAAUUCAAUUCCUUUAGCAGCAGUGGAAUCAACUAUUUGGAUGAAGGGAAAUAUGCUCAUCUGCUGGUGGAUUAAAAAGAUAAAGGUAAUUUCUUGAGACAGGAAAUUCCACACAUAUGCCUCAGAAAGCAAUUGCGCAGCAACAGCUGAGCUGGAAAAAUGGAGAUUCACAUAAGGAGGUGGUCCUUCAUGCAUCUUGGUCCCAAGACAUUUUGGGCUUUGUAGGUGACUAGCGGGGAGUGCCCGGCAUUGCCAGAAACUUGUACAAAAAUGAAAAAUAUUGUGAUUUUUAAAUGGAUAGUAUAAUUUGUGAGUUUGGACCCUGCAAGCCAAAAAUCGAAUGAAAUCACACCAAAGUCACCUUUUGGCCCACCAUGUUGAUUCAAAAUGGCUUCCGGCAUCCAAACAUAAACAAAGAUGAUUUCCCUCACCUUGGGAACCCUCAUGCUGAGUUUUGUGAUGAUAUCUCAAGAUACACCCAAAUCUAGGGAGAACAGAUGAACAAGCCGCUUUCCAAAAUACGUAGCCAGUACCUUGAAUUGUAGUCUGAAAUGGACUGGGAGCCAGUGUAGCUGAUAAACUAAAAGUACAGUGGUACCUCGGGUUAAGAACUUAAUUAGUUCUGGAGGUCCGUUCUUAACCUGAAACUGUUCUUAACCUGAAGCACCACUUUAGCUAAUGGGGCCUCCCGCUGCUGCCACGCCACCGGAGCACGAUUUCUGUUCUUAUCCUCAAGCAAAGUUCUUAACCUGAGGUACUGUUUAUUGGUUAGCGGAGUCUGUAACAUGAAGCAUAUGUAACCUGAAGCGUAUGUAACCCGAGGUACCACUGUAUAAGGUAGCUGUAUUAAAUCCCACUCUUGCUGUUUCUGCGUGUCUCACACGGUCUCCUCUCUCAAACUCCCCCCCCCUUGUUUUUCCAGGCUUUCCCUGAGAUACGAACGCAAAAUUAGCAAUGCAAAUGAGAGGCCUGACUUCUGUGGUGACCAUGAUCCAGCAGUGACUGUUACUUUUGUGUGCCCAGAGGGGAGGAAAAAAGAGGUAACUGAUACCUGGGGUUUCAAAUCCUGUUGCUUGAUGACAGAAACUGAUGGACAAAAUCCUGGGCCUAAAGUUGUUUAUUAAGCAGAGGUUGGCUGGCCCUCUGUCACGGACAGUGUAGCAAUGGAUUUCCUGCAUUGGCAGGAGGUUGGGUUCAAUUACUUUUGAGCCAGCUUCCAACUCAGUUAUUCUAUAUUUUCAUUUAAAACAUGGAUACAGUGGCCUAAAUGAACUAAAUGAUAGGUUAGCCUGUGAACAUACAAACUAGGGAAACUCUGGCUUGUUCUAAGCAAAAGUUAGUUAAAACUAGGAUAUUAUUUAUUUGUUCAUUGCAUUUAUCACUCAGCUUUUUCUCCAAGGAGCUCAAGGUGGCCUUCUCUCCCUCCUCAUUUAAUCCCCACAGUAACCCUGUGUGGUAGGUUAGGCCAAAGAUCACCCACAGUCACUCUGCUUCAUGGUGGAGAGGGGACCUAAACCCUGAUCUCCCAGGUCUUAGUCCAACACAAAGUGGUAGAAGUCUAGAAGCAUCAUGGGGUGCAUUUCAGCAAAGCAGCUUCUCCUUCUCUUUCCUCCUUCCUCCACACAAUAAAAUUACAAGCUCUGUUGCUUGUCUUGUUGUGGAUCUACUCCAUACAGCACAUCUUGUGUGUGCGAGUCUGUGUGUAUGCAAAAUAUGCCUUUUGAACUUUGUAGGGGGCUAUAACUUGGAGCCAACCCAAGGGAGUUUCUUUUCACCUUUCUGGGCACACAUCUUUUUCUUUUGUAUUAGGUGACAAGUCCCAGACUCACUGCUCAAAGUAACUGCCAGUACGAGAUUGAAUGGGUUACAGAGUCUGCCUGUCACAGAGACUACCUAGAGAGUAACAACUGUGUCCUGACCAGCAAGCAGCAUGGUAUCUAUGUGAAUUUGACACCCCUCAAACAAAUUCCAGGUAAGCACCCUCUUUUUUUUUUAAGAGUGAAGCAGUGGCAUCAAUAUAAACCAAGUUAGUAGCUAUGGUAGAGGAAGAAGCAUUGGUGCUAGUGUGUGGUAUAGUCCUGUAUAGGGUUACACCGCUUCUAAAUUGGUCUGUGUUGAAAGUGUUCCUUAUUGUAGGACUGUGCAUAGCCUCCCCAACCCAGGGACCACGUGCUCUUCUCCCAUGGCUCCCUGCUUGCUCCUCCCAUAGUAGCAGCAUCACCAGCUUUCUACAGCCCAGGUGUAGCUGGUAGUAGUAGGCCCAGGGAGUUGCUGUGGUAAUAGAUCCUUGGGAACAGGCUGUAAGGAGGCCAGGGUAGAGAGAUGGAAUUCUGCAAGGCACCUUUAGAAAAUAGUAUCCACCAACCUAUGGGGUGCUGUUUUGCAAGCUGCUUUCCUGACGGGAAGAGCCUUGCAAAGGAGCACCUGCAUCCCAGAGGAUUGAGAAUGUGCUGGGGAAUCAGCAGCCUUCCCACCCCCUUCUCUACCCCUGGUUACGCUGGGUGGCCUGGGACUGUUUCAGCCUGACUUCACUUGUCCCAAGCCCAGAUUCCCCUGAAUCGGCCUGAUGUGGCUGAAUCCAGGACACAGCUGUAGUUUGUAUAAAUAGUUUGCUGCAUGGGAAAAGUUAAACGUGGUUUGCCAAAUUUUCUGGGAGCAACCACACAUUUGGAAAUCAAGCCAACAUUUUGGUCACCCUACAAAUACCCUUUUCCACAGAAGAAAAUUGCUCACGCUUACCCCCCGCCCCUGGCUGCCCGCAGCAAAACUCAGACCUAAAAAACAACCCUCCCCCAAAAUUUACAACUACCACAACAAAAACAAAUAAGAAUAAAAGUGGUUAAAAAUAAAUUUGAAGAGUCAGGGCCUUGGUGGGCACCAAGUAUAGCUUUCUGAGAGUGUUGUGGUGCCCACGCACUCCAUGUUGGGGACCCCAGAGCUAAACUGUUGAAGAGAAAACUAGGUUGUAAGUCCCUAAUACCCAGCUUCUUAGCUCAUGGUGGCUGGAGACUGUUUCUUCCCCCUCCACCCAGAGGUGAUGCAGUUUUGGGUGGACUGUACCAACAUGCCUGCAUUAAGAUUGCAAAACCUCAGAAUUGGAUACUGCUCACCAGAUGUUGAAACCAUGAUUAGUGAGCUGCUGGCAGAGCCUCUGUCUAAAUCUGACGGUGAUGAAGAAGAGAGCUGUAGAUUGUGUUGGCAUCUGUAGUUGCAAUCCUUAACUUGUAUAAACCAAAUGUGUGGUUUGUGUCACAUUGUGGUUGAAAGUUUUUUGGCGUUUUUGCAUGGGUUUCUGAAGCAGCCAAUGGAAAGAGCUGAACAGCGAUGCAGCUGUGAGUUUGUGGGGCAUGAGGUGACAACACAAGCAGCUCACUAACAGGGCUGUAAACUGAUUACACAAGUUCUGUGGCUGUAAAUGUGUAUUUCUCUCUGUAUAGCCACCUAAAUACUUUUACCAAAUAUGUGCUUCAAUCAUCACGACCCUCCUUUCUUUAGCGUAUGUCACACCUUACGUUGCCAAAGACAGAGAAGAGUAUUCCUACUAUCUGAAUGUAUGUGGCAAAGCAGCUGGAGGUUACUGCAGUGAUGCCAAUGCUUCGGCGUGCCAGGUCAAACAUGCAGCUGUUCCUCAGCAGAAAGUGGCAGGAAGGUUUACCCACCAAACACUCAGGUGAGUGCUUAAUUAGAAAACAGUCUUUGAGGGUUAGUAUUUAUUAGGAACUAAAGCACCUGUAUGCAGUGUUGGUUCUUGGCAAUUCUAGAUUCAUAGAAUCUUAGAGUUGGAAGGGACCCUGAGGAUCAUCUAGUCCAACCCUCUGCCAUACAGGAAUAUGCACCUGUUCAGGGCUAGAACCCGCAACCUUAUUUGGAUUGGAAUACAAAAGAGGGAGGUAUGAGGAAGUCCAGAAAAUAAGCAAACUAAAAAAACGGAAAUGGAAAAGAGAUAUUGUUUUUAAUUGUUAUGUUUUUUUGUCUUUUAUUGUUGAAUUGUGUUCUUUUUUGUGUGUUCUUGUUACCUUUUUUUUCUUUCUUUUUGAGAUAUGUAUUGUGUAUGUUUUUCUUUUCUUUUUUUGUUGUUGUUUAAAACUUUAAUAAAAAUUAUUUUUUUAAAAAAAAAAUAGAACCCGCAACCUUGGUGUUAUCGCCACUACACUCUAAUCAACUAAUUCAGAGUUUGUUGUGGAGGACAAUCCGGUUGGACUCAGGUUCUACUGUCUAGUUUCUGCUCUUAGUUUUGGAAGAGAAGGCCUUAACAAGACAAAGAUCUUUUAGACAGAUGUAGAGCUAAAAUGGAUAACAUUCCAAAUUAGAAAUCUGUUUGCCUCUUUUGAGUUGUGAUAUCCAUCUAAUGAACCUUUUUCUGGUUUCCAUUGAGUGUGGGCCACUGGUGAGCUCUUUUUCUUCCUUAAAUUAGAUGAGCUAUAUUUGAAUAUUCACCCUUUUGGCUUUUGAAAUCAGGUAUGCUGAUGGAGACCUCAUUCUGACAUACCCAGGAGGAGAUCCUUGCAGCUCUGGAUUUGAGCGAAUGACUGUCAUAAGCUUUGAAUGCAAUCAUACGGCAGGUAAUGAACAUGCUAGUUAUCUAUGGAUCGCUUUGAGCAAUAUUCUGUGUCCUCCAAUAAUACUUGCAGCUGCCCCACCACAGCCCACUACCGCUUGAAUGCUAACAGCUCCUUUUGUUCUGAAGUCUAAAAGUUAUGCAAGCAUUUAAGAAAUGUGGGUAGGGAAGAGGAUUUCUAAUUAAUGGAGGAUUGGUAUAUAACUGGGUAUUUGUUAUGAGAGCAAUAGAACGUUCAUGUUCAGAGGUAGCAUGUUCCUCAGAGUUCAGAUAUUGGGAGCAAAGCAGCAGAUAUUUUGCUUUUUUACUCUGCUCGUGAGGUUCUUAGGCGUGCUGUUCUCAGUGGCUAACCAGGUGCCUAUGGGAAGCUUGCAGGUAAGACCAGAGUACAAUAUGCUCUCUCCACGCAUGAUUUCCCAGCAUUUGGUAUUCAGACAUACUGACAAGAGAGGCUCUUUGAAUUAUCCAACACCAUUCUUGCAUUCUUACCCAUCAGAUGUUAUAGUGCACAACCCUUAAUUCUUCAGAGAAUCUUAAAAAUCCAUAGAUGGUUCUGUACCCAGUACUUUAAUGUACACCCUAAGCUUGAGAAGUAAAACUUUUCAAGCUAGAAUUACAUACUCCCACAUUAACCUGCCAAGUAUUAGAGCAUAUCUGCCAACGUUUCCCGUUUUUUAAAGGGAAAUUCCCUUAUUCCGAAUAGGAUUCCUCGCAAGAAAAGGGAAAAGUUGACAGCUAUGCCUCUGGGUGCCCUCACUCUUUGUGGUGAGACAGUUAGCCAACAGGUUAGUGAUGCAUCUCCCCACAUCAACUAAUCCAGCACUAAAUUGGGUGUGCCUGGGUUUUUAAUAGUUUUUGGACUGGCUUUCAGCUGCUCCGGGUAAAGUGCCAGUGCUGUUGUUUUAAUCAUAAGUUAUAAGGCACUAUGAGAAUAUUUUAAUGCUAUAAUUUGUGUAAUUUAUAUUUUCCUUAUCCUAAUCUUCCUAUAUUUUUAAUGAACUUCUCAAAGACAAUGAUGGCAAAGGAAGCCCAGUGUUUACAGGAGAAACAGACUGCUCAUACUUCUUCACCUGGGAGACCAAAUACGCAUGUGUAGCAAAAGAAGAUCUUCCUUGUAUGGUUACAGACAAAAGGAAACGCUAUGACUUGACACGAUUGAUUCGUCAUUCUGGUAUGGCAAUUAAAAAAUAAUAAUUAAGAUAUGCGCUACAUUUUUAAACUUUUGUUCAUUUUGCCUUAUCUCAGAUGUCCAGGAAUGUUUUAAACCUGAAAACAGUAAAUAUAGGGCUGUUUUAAGUGCUAUCUUAAAUGGCUUAUACUCCUUCCAGGUGGUGACUGUGGGUGGUGGGAAUUCUCUUUUUUCUCCUCCAUUCCUGAACCCGCCCACCCCAGUUUGCUUAGCAAAGUCCCCCAACUCCCCAGAACAGAUUUGGAGUACAUGCAUUGCUGGGGAGAGGGAGGGGAAGUCCCUCUGUGUGAACAGAAGUCUAUACCACUGGCAGGGUAAUACCGUAGGAUGUUAACCUGUUCGGUCACAGAUCGGAGGCUGGUGACUUUCCAAAUCAAAGGGAAUUUAGAGUUGGAGUUCAGAAUUGUGGUAUUUCAGCAGAAAAUGGCUUUGUAUGUUCUGGCUGUUGGAACACAGCGAAUGUGUUGGAAUUCUUAAGCUAUCGGGCAACUAGCAGAGAUCUGGAGCUAGAGCACUUAUACAAUAUGCUCCUUGGCAGAUUUGUCCUGCCAUGAGGUAAACUAACCAUAUUUUGGGAUUGUUGCAAUUUUUGACUAAACUUCAAGAAUCAGUUUGCAUUACAGUAGUAAAAGUCUCGGUUAUAUCAGUUCCUAGGUUUUUCUGUGGAAUUUUUCACUACAACUCCAUUUAAACACGCUCUUGGCCAGUGAUAUUGCCUGUCUUUGCAGGCACCAAAAUGGGCUCAGAAGCACUGCAAACCCCCUAACCAGCUUACAAGGAACACUAAUGCUUCUUGGACCUUUUUUUCCUGGGUGACUUUCAUCCCCUCAGUUAUAAGCACAUGAUUUUUACUUACGCUUUAAUGGUUUUACAAUACCCUGUGUAUAAUUUUUGUAGCAUUUUAUAUAAAGCCCAGUUUCAGUAGCUCUAUAAAUUGUAUUAUUUCCAUUGGCAGUGUUGUGGUGUUUAUAGCAUUCGUUAGUUGCUUUAUACAAAGAGAUAAAAUUGAUUAAAAGCCAAAUAUAAAAUGGGUUACUAUUCAAAAUUCCUAAAAUGCUCAUCCAACAAUGCAAUGAGGAGGACUAGUUCUACCCCACCCCACUAAAAGAUGAGCAUCACACUAGAGGCUAAAUUAACCACCGAAAGACUGAGAAAAUAAAAAUGACUUAGCUUGGCCCCAGAAACUGUCAAGUUGCCUGGUGUGCUUCCCUGCGGAGAGCCUUCCACAAACAGAAUAUGGGUUGGACACCAUCAGUCAGCAUUCCUGAUACCAGGUCAAAAGGUCUGUCAGAUUUUCACUGUCAGUCUUGCCUGGAUUCCUUUUCCAGUUGUCCUGCUUGCAGCUAGCAUUAGCAAAUUACUGCUAAUCGCUGUGUGUGUGUGUGUGUGUGUGUGUGUGUGUGUGUGUGUGUAGAGAGAGAGAUUUUAAUUGGGAUUGCAUUCUGGGAACCCUUCCUCCCUGCAUGCUUCAGCCCCCUGAUGAAAAUGCAGGAGGCUGUGCUUGCUACGAAGUAAAUAAAUUAAAAACCCAAUGUGGUUUCUAACUCUAUAUAUUAGAAGUAAUAUGUGGUUUGACCUGCAGUUGAGUUUCUACAUGGCCAUUCAUUUGUUGGACAGGGGAUGGGGAACGAUCUGUAAUUUUAACACUACACAUAAUAUGGUUUUUAGAGGAAUGUUCAUCUAAAAUGCAAUUUCUUAAUUUUAGAGUUAGAGCAGAAUUGGGAAGCUGUAGACGGUAACCCUGUGGAAACAGAAAAGAAACGUUUUUUCAUAAACGUCUGUCACCAAGUACUUCAGAAAGGAGGGGCAGUGAACUGUUCAGAAGAGGCAUCUGUUUGCUCAGUUGGUGAGUAACAUCCUUGUAUGAGCUCCCCACGUUAAAAGAACCACAUUCAACAGUUGAAUACAAUGCUGUAUGUGCUAUUUAUAAAAUAGUAAUUCCUUCAAAGGACAUACAUUGGAUUGCUCACUAAAACAAGUAUCUGUAUUUCUUGUUUGGUGUGUGGCUCUUUUUAGGUGAAGACAAUAGCACAAAAAACCUAGGGACGUUUAUGUCUGCUCCCACAAAAGUUGGAGAGAAUAUCCAGCUUUACUAUUCGGGUGGCGAUGAGUGUCGACCAAAAAAGACAAUUGAAACAAAGAUACUCCUCAUAUGCAAGCCAGGUGAGUACUCUGGCUUUUAUUAAAGCCAAGGUCUGGGGAUGCAGUCUCAAGCUGCAAACCUUCAUGAAGGCAGUGGUGGUAAGGUCCAUAAGUCAGGGACAGGCUACAUUUUUCAGCCUGAGGGUCACAUUUCUUGCUGGGCAACAUUUGGAGGCAGCAUGCCAGUGGUGAAUGGGGCCAGAGGCAAAAGUGGCCAAAACAAUAAAUGUAAAAUUGACCUUUGUAUGGUAGGCUAGUUUCUACACACACACACUCACCACACUCUAUCUUCCUGUUCAGACACACGUUCCAGCAGGGCAAAAACACUGAAGGAGGGUAUGGGGGAAGACCAGUGAGGGAUGUGGGGCUGCGGAGGGGUUAGGGGGAAGAGUCUCAAGGGGCAGGAGGAGGACCUGGAGGGGUACAUUUAGCCUUCUGGCCUGAGGCUCCCUGUGCCUGCUAUACAUGCAGAUCUCCCAUGGUACCUGCACCUUUUUUAAAAUUAGGGAGGGGGUGUAAGGACAUGCAAAAAUGGCUCUUCUGAGGUAAUGCACUUGGCUUGCUUCAGUAACUAAUCUAUGUAUCUGAUAAAGUACUGGUCUCUUGAAAAAUGAAGUGUGUAUUUGGUGGUUCAGUUUAAUAAUUAUCUAUAUCUUCCCAGGUGACCUGGAAAGUGCUCCUGUUUUGGUUAGUUCUGGGUACGACGGGUGCCUGUAUGAGUUCGAAUGGCACACUGCUGCUGCCUGUGUCCUGUCUCAAACAAAAGGUGACCAGUGCAGAGUCUCUGACUCUCAAGCAGGUGAGUAACCUGUUGAAAAUGGUAAAGCGGGAACCGGGGCAUGGGAUUUCGGUCUGUGUCACAAUUUCCAGCUUCUAGUUCAACUCCCUCUUUUCAUCUAUCAUCACUUGUCUCAAAGCAGUAGGAAAGACUGUUUCCAUCUCUUAAAAACAACAACAACAAAUCUGAAUCCUACAACUUCGGAAUUCAUUGCCUGUCAUGCUCUGCCAGAGGCCUUCUGGAAAGACUUUAAUACUGACUUUUCUCUAUUGGCUUUCGCCAGAAGUUUUGGUGUGUUUUUUUCAUACAAAAAACUUAGUCUGUUUUUGUUGCUGGCCUAGAUUUAUAUUUUGCGAUGGGCUGCCUCUAUUGCUGGUCUCCCAGAAUCUUAUUCAUGAGUAUUUUUGUUCUGUUUCUGUGUUUUUAUUGUAAGCUGCCUUGAAAGAGUUAAGUCAAAUGUAGCAUAUAGUUUAAGUAAAACAAUCAAAUGCUGUUGUAUCCUGUGUAUUAAACAUAAUUUAUCCUUUAAAAAAGAGUAAAUUUUGUUUCCUGGAAGAGAAGGUAUAUGACAAGUUGCUGGUGCAUAUCCAGUGACAGAAUCUUGAAAAUGCAACAUUACAUUGGUAUUUUCUUUUCUUUUUUAAAAAUUCUUUCUAUUAAUUUUCAUAAGCAAACAGAAAAACAAAACAACCGUACAUAAAAAAAGAGAAAAAAAGAAAACAAAAACAAAAGCAAGAACAAACAACAGAAAACCUAAACGGACCAAAAAAGAAACACACGAAUUGACUUCCCUCCAUCUCGGUUUUGGAUUAUAUAAGAUUGUAAUUCCAUUCUGCAGUUUUCAUUUUAUAUCAUCUAUGCAUCGCAAGAAUUAUGUUAAACCUACUGUGAUUUUUAGAUUUCUAGAAUUUGUAUUUUCUUAAAUCCAACUACACUAGUGCAAUGAAAAUUGAAAACCUGGUGUUUUGUGUCCUUAAGCAUGCAUACUGCCACAAGUGUAGUGGGGGUGGGGGGUGUAUACUUUGUGAAACUGGGGUGUUAGAAUCAUUUAUGGGCAACUGUUUUAAGGUAGCACAUGGAGUCUAUUAAAUCAUGUUUGCCCAUCUUACCUCUCAAUCUUUAAAACUUUUGUGCUGAACAAAUGAUUUUCAUUCAUUUCUGUUUAGGGUUCUCUUUUGACUUAUCACCUUUGAUGCAUCACACUUACACAGCAAACACAAGUGACUAUACUUUCUACAUCAGUAUUUGUGGCAAUGUGUCAAACCAGUUGUGUGCGCCACAGUCUGCGGCAUGUCAAGUGAAGAAAAAGUAAGUGUUGUUUAUGCCUUCUCCUGCUCUAUGUGUGUACUGAGGAACACAGUUGGCGCUGUGGUCUAAACCACUGAGCCUCUUGGGCUUGCUGAUCAGAAGGUCAGCAAUCUGAAUCCCCGCAACGGGGUGAGCACCCAUUGCUCUGUCCCAGCUCCUGCCAACCUAGCAGUUCAAAAGCACACCAGUGCAAGUAGAUAAAUAGGUACCGCUGUGGCUGGAAGAUAAACAAUGUUUCCAUGUACUCUGGUGUUCCGUUGCGCCAGAAGCAGUUUAGUCAUGCUGGCCACAGGACCCGGAAAGCUGUCUGUGGACAAACGCCGGCUCCCUUAGCCUGAAAGCGAGAUGAGCGCCGCACCCCAUAGUCGCCUUUGACUGGACUUAACCAUCCAGGGGUCCUUUACCUUUACUUAGGAACCCAUGCAAUAGUGACUAAAUUACUGGACCCUGCCCUGGAACCUUAGGGUGAAGGACCAGUAAUUAAUAAUAAUAAUAAUAAUAAUAAUAAUAAUAAUAGUAAUUAAGUUGCACACUUUGUUGAAUACAGUGAGAGUAACUUCUGAGUACUUAUGCCCAAGAUUGCACUGCGUUGCUGCAAUCCCUCGCCGUUAUUGAGUUAGUCCCAUUAAAUUCAAUGGAACUUAUUGAGGUCUGAUUGAAAAUAACUGGUAUUGGCAAAAGCCUUGCGUUUAAGAGCAUGGAAUAUUUGAUUGAUAAGGUUGUAAAAAUAUCUAUAUAUAAAUAGAUUAAGUUUCUUGAGUUAAGAUAAAGGAAGGAGGGUAAGGAUUUGCUGAAAGGAGUUUCUAAAAGGAAAUACUAGUGGGGAGGUGUGGGGAAGUCAAAGAACCAAGGAAAGAUAAGAAGGUUAAAUGAAAGUAUAAAUUUUUAAAUUUUUCUGUUUUUUUCUUUUCUUUUUUGUCUUUCUUUUUUAUGGUUAUUGUUAUUUUUUGUUUUCCUUUUGUUACUGUUAUUGUUGUUUUUUGUCUUUGAAACCUUGUAUUUUUGUAUGUUUUGGAAUCUUUGUAAAACCAAUAAAUAUUAUAUUAAAAAAAAAAAAAUCAAUGGAACUUACUUAUGAAAAAAUGUUCUUAGGAGCCUUCUAACUGCUAAGAUUCUGCUAGCUUGAUGUGGCCUUAAAUAGAGUCACAUAAGAGGAAGACUGUUGAAAGGAAAGGAAAAUAUGGAAGUCAUCUGGGGUCCAAAUGACUUAUUUGAGGGCUUGUGCCAAUGGGAAGUUUGACUUCUUAAUUGGUUUAGCCCCACUUCUGACCUGUCAAAACUGCUUUUUAGCUCACCUGUGUUUCAAAAUUCUUGUGCCUUGAAGCUUUGGAUGGGGAUGCUUCUGUUCAAGGGAUGCAAGUAUAAAAGCUUUAUUGAGCACACAGAUUUACUUGAUUCGCAUUCUGGAACCCGGGUUAUCAUAUUUUAAGUUUGAUCAACUGGAGUAUAGCUAUAGAUAAUAGUUUACCUUAGAAUGUGCAUAAGUUAGCACUUCCCUUCAAACGUAUAAUCUCAAUGGUAUGCACAUCAUCUGGGUACUAUUUGUAUAGACGAUAGCAUGGCUAUCAGUUGUAAAUAAGAAAUCAUGCCUUAAGUUGUACCUGUGUCAGCCAGAACGGAUUUAGCCUGUUGUUGAUUUUUGCUGGUGGGUUUUAUGUUAGGUGGGAAAUGGUUCCAAGAACCCAGUCCAAUGAACUGCUGUUGCAUAGCCAAUUGGAGUCUCCAGUACCGUCAUGAAGAAUGUAGGCAAUGGUCCAGUAUGCAAACAAUAAAUUGGCUUUGAGUAGAGAGCACUGGUGCAAAUAGCAGCAAGGCAUUCCUGCCUUCAUACAGUGGGCAAAAGAUGAGUCGUAAGGUUGGACUGUCAGACACUGCAUGUAUCCUUUAGGGCAUUAUAUUAGCUUUUGCAAUGCAAACUCAUUAGUACUUGGGUAUUUGCAUCCCUAAAAGAAACCUAUAUGAAGUUCUGUUAAUGUAUAUUUUUAGUGGUAAGGACACAUGGAGUCUGGGGUUGCCCAGUUCUGAGCUCUCCUAUUAUGAUGGAAUGAUUCAGUUGAACUAUCGAAAUGGCACACCGUACAACAACGAGAAGCAUAUGCAACGGUCUACCCAUAUUACCUUCCUGUGUGAUCGUGGUGCAGGCGCAGGUUCACCUGAAUAUCAAGUGAGUGCCAGUUGUGGAUAAUUCUUGUGCAUCACAUCCUUAGUUAAGUCCCCAAUAGUUUAACAUAAUGAGAAGUUAAACCCUCCUACGGGGAGGGGGAAUGCCAGUUCAGAGGUAUGACACACUGCUUUUUUAGAUCUUCCUUUAUGGGAUGCUAAGUAGCAGCAAGAGGCUUGCUUAAUAGCUACAGAUAGUUCUUGGAGACUUGCAUAAUAGAUUUUAGCCUUAUGGGUACUUGCACAGCUCUGCAUUAAAAGUUUUCCAGUAAAGCAGUCAUUUCGGUGGUCUUGUGCAGAGGGCUUGCAUCCCUGUAGUGAGAAGGAGCUCUAUACACAGGGGCAGGUAUGGAAAGUGUGUGUUAGAGAACGUUGCCAGCUGAUGUUGUACAUUUGGAUAUAUCAGCAUAGAUUUGAGUGGACUUUCUGACAGUAAAAGUUAAGCUUCCAUGUGUGACAGCAGAAUCAUACCACUUUGAAAUUAAAAAUGGCAGCUUCAGCUUAAAAAGGAGCUGUAUUGUUGCUCACCUUUUGCAGUUUUAACUUCUUUGUUUUGUGUAUAUAUGAUUAUGGUAAUCUAGGCAGAAGACAACUUCACUUACAACUUCAGGUGGUAUACUCAAUAUGCCUGCCCAGAAAUACCCACAGAAUGUGUUGUCACAGAUCCUCAAACCAUGAAGCAAUAUGAUCUUUCACGGUAAGCAAAACAAAAUUUGGAGAAUGUAAAAUCUGGGUGGAAAUGCUUAGCUGGCAGGUUCUUCCUGACCAAAGCACAAAAUUUACAUUUCAUACUUAACAUUGUCACUGAUAGAUCACGUAUAGAUCAGCAAUGCUGCUGCUGUGUUGCAAAAUUUCCGAACAAAUGGAUCAUAAAGAAGGAAAGAGGGUGUGGACAUAUUACUCACAAAGAUUGUCUAUUUGUAGUUAUUGUUAUAAAGUAAUUGGUAUUCCUGAAUGUGUGUGUGUGUGUGUGUGUGUGUGUGUAUUCUUGCUUUCCUCAUUUUGUGUUCUAAAACUGAUCAGUAUAAUUCAGUGAAUUUUUAGCAUGCUCGUUGCAAUGAGAUGAAUGAAUGAAGAAAUUCUGCGUUAUUGUUAAUAACUUGUUAAAAAUAAGUUAAAAUACAAAUUGAUGUAUCCAAACUCAAUAUUUUUGUUUUGCACAUUUUCCAGUUUAUCAUUGUCUGCAGACAGGGAUAAUUGGCAGGCAGUGGACAAUUCUGAGCAGGGUCCACGCAAAAUAUACUACAUAAACGUCUGCCGACCUUUGAACCCCAUCUCAGGCUGUGACAGGCGGGCAUCUGUCUGUGAAAUGACAUACAGCAAGGUGAGCAUUGUAUCAGCAGAAUUCCUGUUCACUCUUUUAUUUGGCCUGCCUUCUGCUCUUCCCUUUUGUAUCUAAUUUAUUCCUGCAGGCAAAUCUCCAAGUGUUUAAUUAACUUGAGCGCCUCCUAAACUUUAAAAGAUUGACUUAGGAUGCAGUCGAAGCCCCCAUCUGCUGUGCUGGUGAGGGAAGAUUGAAGGGGGCAAAGGUCUCCCCUCACCCAGUCCAGGACAGCACGGGGCUCCUGGUUCUGACUGCAUAAGUGCAGCUGGGUUGAAUUGUAGCCUAUUGUCUUCCCACCUGCACAUAGCCCAUAAACAGGAUUGAGCGAGGAGAUCCUGAGCCUGCCCUACAGCCUUCACUUGACAGCAUUGGAUCUGAGUCAGGCCCAAUUGCUGUUUCAGUUCCAGGUUUGGGGUAGAAAGGAGCAGGCUUUUGCUUCUGCCCAGACUCCACCCUAGCCAGCAUGGGCUGUGGAUAUAAUGGUGGCCAUACCGCUCCACCACUCCUGCCACUGCCUAGUUAGAUUUUGGAUUUCUCUUGUCAGUCCAGCAGGUGCUCUUCAUAGCAUGACUGCAUAUGUUCCCGAAUUCAUCAUAUACCGUAAUUAUUUUGCUUCAGAAUGAUGUUCUUUUUUUCUAAUUUCAGAGUGGUUCGCUUGAGGUUUCCAUCAGUAAUGUGGGGAUUGCCAAACAAGAACCUGUGGUUGAAGGCCCUGGCAAAAUCCUCCUAAAUUAUACCGGUGGCUCUUUGUGCAUCACGGCGGAGGGUAAGAGUGAGCCUUUCACAAGCCUUGUCCAUCUCGUCUGCUCCAAGGCCACUCUCGUAAGUUUCCAGCUAGCUUGCUUCUCCUCUCAGUGUGGGGUCAUAAUGUUAUCUGAUUAGACCACCAAUAUGUAAGAGCACAGAGCAUUUGUGGAUAAAUACCCAAGUCUCCCUUGAAUAUCCUUUGUUAUGAAAUGCAGAAUGAUCUUAUUAGUGCCCAAUUGCUUAGCCGUUUCAAAAUGGCGUAAAAGCUACUCAUCUAUGCUGGCAAUUGAAGCAUGAUUUUAAAGGCUGUCCAGUGCAACUGAUAAAGAGUCGGUUUCAUCCCCCCCCCCCCGAGAAAUUGCUAUCCUUGUUUUAGGCAGUGACUUGCUGAUUACCACUUUUUUCUUGGUGUAUGUUGGAUGGGGGAAAGGAUAAAUUAUUCUUGGGGAAAUUUUUAAUGCUUUGCAAUAAAAUGAUCACAUUUGCUUUACAAGCAAAGAACCUGAAAUCCUACCCUCCCAAAUUACUGGACCAAAAAUUUGCAGCACACUUGGAAUGUAUCCCUAUGGUGCUCUUGAAGCCAGGCUGCUUGUAUGCAUUCCUUGCCAUAACUUUCUGACAACUUGUAUUUUCAGAGUAGUAGCCCAAGAUUCAUUGAGAUGAAAGAAUGUGUUGCAGUUUUCCUGUGGGAAACGGAAGCUGCUUGUCCAGUCACAACUGCAGCAGGGGAUGCUCAGGUGAGUGGCAGAAAACACAUGUGGACAUUUCUGGGGGUUUUACCCGUGUGCCAUAUGAAUAGGUAAGCAGGCAUCUUUACAACCCAGUGCUGCUCAUGUCUGCUUGAAGCAAAGAUGCAUGAGCACCCCAAAGCUUAACCUAAGAACUAUUGCAUUCUUGUAAGCCCUUGAGUCAAGCACUUGAAAAAGCUCAAAGGUCUUUGUGAGCACCGGCUCAAGUUCUUACAAAAAAGUACCCACCUCCCUUCACCUUGCCAUUACCCUCAGCCCACCAGGGAGAAGGCCUUCAACUGGGGAAAGGUGCAGCAGAGGCUGCUUGAGAUCUACGAUAAGCAAAUUUCUGAUUGACUCAAAGCCUACUUGCAAAGCGUCUUAACAGGGGCUCUCCCUUCUUCUAUUUCUCACAGCAUCCUUGGGAGAAAUGCAGGAUACUAGCUUCUAAGUGUCCCUAAAGAAAUGCAGGUUUAAUUGGAAGCAAAACUGUUAAACCCAGUUCUUAAGCAUCGUUGGGUAGCUUUUAUUUGACCUCCCAUGGUUGUAGUGAGAAGUGUGAGACAUAGAAAGUACAGUCGUACCUUGGUUCUCAAACGCCUUGUUAAUGUUUUGGCACCCUAACACUGCAAACCCAGAAGCGAGUGUUCCGGUUUGCGAACGUUUUUUGGAAGCCGAACUUCCGACGCGGCUUCUGUGGCUUCCAGUUGAGUUCAAGAAGCUCCUGCAGCCAAUCAGAAGUUGUGCCUUGGUUUUUGAACAUUUUCAGAAGUCAGAACGGACUUCCGGAAUGGAUUCCGUUCAAGAACCAAGGUAAAACUGUACAAUUAAAUGGAAGGUUAGCUGGGUGUGACUUAACAGGGCGCUGUUUCUGAUGAUAAAGCUGUAAAAGGAAUUGGUAUAUGUGGGCACCAUAAUCCUCCUCGAAGUAAGUUCUGAUCUUUUGCUUGAUACCCAUUGGUCUAUAAAACUUGAGAAGAGCUUAAAAUAUGUCUCUGAGGAGCUGUGUCUAACCAGUAUGGAAGAUGGCCUUCUUGACUUGGAAAUCAAAAGGGCUACAUGCAUUUUGAUGGUUCAUAUCUAUCAUAUCUUAUUCUCUCCUCUUGAUAAAUGGUUUUGUUUUCUACAGAGCUGCACUGUAAAAGAUCCCAACAGUGACUUUGUGUUUAACCUGGAACCGUUGGCUUCAGAAAAAAAAUACAUAGCCAUGGGAAUUGGGAAGUCCUACAUGGUAAUGUUUCUUUUCUUUUCUUUUCCAAACACAAUACUUCAUGUCCUUUGAGUUAAUGCCUUUUGUUUUUUGCUGCAAGUUAGUAAUUCUAUGGCAUCUCAGAUAUUUUAUUAUAUGUUGAAUCUCUUAGCUAAACAUUUGUGGUCCAGCAGAGGAAUGUGCAGUUAACAGUAGCCUGCCAGCUGCUGACUCAAUUGGUGGAUGUGAAACAGAAGAUCUGAAACACAUUCGUUUGGUGAAACUGAACAAAACUCUUCAGCUGUCUACCGAAGGAGAACUGUCUCUUAAAUACACAGGUAAAGUUGCCUUGCUACCUGUUACAAAGAGCCACUUGCUUCCACCCUCCUUGCAAGGUAGGGGCAGCUGAGAGAGGUCCUUCAUGCAACACAAGCACAGGUAGUGCUGUGGCUACUCCAUUGGGUUUCCUAAAUCAGGGCAUGUAGAUUUCCAGAUGUAUGAUAUCUUUAAGAGGGUAGAGCUAGACCUGAGUCCUCUCACUUCAAGCAAUAAUUUAGGCAAAGCAGCUAGACAUUGGGUGAGCCUGUGUUCAAAUCAGCUCUAUCAUCAAUGCCAGGAUUCUCAUCGAAGAUAGUUUCUUAAAGGAGUCAAGAUAAUGGAGUAAGAUCAAAAGCUGCAUAAAACCAAGGGUAGCAAUUUUACAGCAAAUCUUUGACACAGCAUAUGUGUUCGCUGUCCCACCAGCAUCUUCGCAUUUCACACAGGGAGAUGGAAGGGGCCCACUGAGGCUGAGGGAAUAGGCAACAUUCCCUUGGGCAAUGGAGACCAAGCCGUGUCCAGGCUUCCCGUUUUAGUGAUGUGUUUGCAGGAGGGCUCUGACAAGGGCAAAGCAAGCGCACCCAGUCAAAUAGGACCCUUGGGCUUACUAAAUUGAAUACACAGCCUAAAGGCAAUGCUUGACAUCUUCUUUAGUCUAGGAAAAUAGGUUUAGGAGGUGUUAAGUGGGAAGGUUCUCUCUUUGGUUCCUGUCAGCUGGGUUUGUCACAGAGUGAAAACACCCCUUUGUGAAUUCAAGCAAAGUGCAGCGACAGCAUCGGCCUUCCCGUCAAACUGGUGAAUUUUCAGUAGACGCAAAAUUCUGAAAAAGGCAGAUAGUUGGAGCUCUGACUUUUUUUUUGUCAAAUAACUCUUGUGGGUUUACUUUAUACUUCUUGGUGUUUUUAUUUCUGCUCCUUAGGAAUCAAUGACACUUUCACUGUGACCUUUAUCUGCAAUCAAUCCUCCUACCCCGGACAACUCAGAUUUGUGCAUGAAGAGAUUAACUCUGCACGUAGAAUUUAUAAUACUUUCUUUGAGUUUCACACGGCCUUAGCCUGCCCACCUUCUCCAGUUGAUUGUCAAGUUACUGGUAAGUACAUGAAUGUAGGGAAAUUCAUUGGAAAGGUCCCUCGAAUCUGCUUCAGUGGUAGAGAUGUCCUGCAGGUGGCAUGCUUCCUUCCCUCUUCUCUCCAGCAAGUGCUCUGACUUGUUUCCAACAUGCUCAUAGUUUCCUUUCCCCUUAGGAUGCACUUUGGGUGGGUGGGAGACUGUUAAAGAACACAGAGCGUAGAGAAAUCUGUAUUCCCCCUGCCACAUACUACUCCCCCACAAAAGCUGAUUUUACCUUUCCCUGGCUUAAAACUGGGCUGCUUUGAAAAGCAUUUGCCUUAGAACACCUGAAGUGUUUGACUACCAUUAACUCGCUGAAAGUUAAGGCAUUCCACUCUAAAUGAAAUCCGUUGGCUGUUCCAGCCAAAGGUUUUGUUUUUGUGCUUAAUAGCAUAGUGAUUGUGACAUUGAGUUGUCUCAAUGGUUGCUUUGCCCUAGCACAGCAAACAUAAAGAGGCAACCUCUAUAAAAAAAUGCAGUGAAACUAUUUUUCUGAUACAAAAUGGAGUACCUGACGGGUGUUGAUAGGAACCUUCUUCAGGGGCACUUGCCCAAAAGGGGGUUUCCGCCCUACUAAACCAGCAUCUCUCUUUAAAGAGUUGGGGGGGGGAUCUCUUCUCAGUAAGUGCCCUUGAAGAAUGUUUAUGGCAACACAUGUUGAGCAUUCAAGUUUUCAGUAUGUUUUGGAGAUGUUGAGUAUUCUGUUUCUCCUCUCCUUUUUUAUCUGCCUUGUGUAAGCUGCCUUCUACCCUCCAUUUUGGAUUUUAUGCUGGCAGAAGCUCUUCCACUCCCACAAGUCAAGGCAUUCGGUUCUGGUCAGUCCCCUUCUCUGUGCCUCAUUGUGAUUUUAGCUGUUGAGCCUGUCUUUGCUUUUUACUUCUUGGUUUUUACAUGAUCACACAGCAUUUUGCUAUCUUGGCUGCCUGGCUUGGAUUACUGUAAUCCUUUAAACUGGAGUCAACUGAAUAUUGUAGACUUAGCUUAAUUAAGCAUUUUGUGGUUUCUGGCAUUACUAUUUUUCAGAUUCAGCUGGUAAUGAGUAUGACCUGAGUGACUUAAGCAGAGCAAGUGAGCCUUGGAUUGCCCUGGAUACAUCAAAAGAUGCAAAAGGAAGAACUUUCUUUCUAAGUGUUUGCAAGCGCCUUCCCCCCAUACCAGGGUGCCCUGGUAAGCAUUAGACUUGGUUUAUGGGAACUGAGGGGCUGUCAGUGCAACAGGCUAUAUCCCACCACCUCAAUUCCCCUUCUUCUUCUCUGACUUCCUCACUCCUGGCAGUCUCUGUCUGCUUCAGCUCUUUGGAUAGUUUUUCCUGAUACUGCGCAGCAGAGCUGUCAUAGCCCCUCUGGGUAGCUUCGGUGAUACACUUGAAUGCUUAGAGAAGCUUGACAUUCAAAUUAUUCAGACAUCCACGAGCCAACUCUAAUAAAGGCAGUCCUUGCACUUUAACUUGCCACUGAGAGAGGGUUGGUGAAAUCCAGGUGAACAGUUUCUGAGCCUUUUGAUAGAUGGGGAGAUAGUCACUGCUACGUGUAGGGUGCUGUGGCAUGUUAUGGGGAAGCACGCUGGUGUGCAGGAUGCAUGCAAUUUAUCUUAUUUUCCUGCUCGUGUUGGAUUUAACUUUGAAUUUAUAUUUUGCUAGGGAAGAACAGUUGGAAAUGACCUUUAGUUUCAGGAAUCUUAUGUGAAAAUGCCAAGCUGGUGAGCUUUAUGGCCAGGCACCCUUAAGCUGUUAACAAAAAGGCAGAGAUAGAGCUUUUACGGCAACUUAUUUUUACUGAAAAGAAAUUGAUUACAAAGUAAUGGUUUUUAAUAACUUUGAGGGAAAAUAUUCCCAUUUCAGUAGCUCAUUGACUUACACCGGGUUAUAUCCAGAGUUGACCUUCUUUGAGUAGUACCUGCUUCCAUUCACAGAAGGGACUUUGAUCCAGUAGAGACUCCCACUACAGUGAUUGUGCCUGAAGUACAGGGUUCCUGAACUCUUUGAAACUGUUUUUCAGGGGCUUUAGGGGGAAAGAAUCAGUUGCAGAGUCCCUUCUACUGAUCUUCAUGGGAGCAUCCCAUGGGGGGAGCUCCACUCACAGGAUCCCCAAGUGCAAUUGGUGGUCAGCCCAGGCACUGCUGGCUUCAAUACUCUUAAAAUGAAAACUGCUAUGAAUUACUUCUGCCCUUCUUUUAAAAGAGAUCAAUGCAAGUUUUUAGUGGAGUUUAAAAGCACAUGUUUAAAUGUUCCUUUUUGCUGCAGGUGGUAUAAUUGGAUCUUGUGUGAAAUACGCGGACAAAGGUCAGAGUCUUGGCAUGAUUCACAUGCGUCCUCAGGCUGCCGCUGAUGGGUCCCUUAGUAUCGUGUACUCAAGUGGGGACACGUGCAAAGGUAACAGGCAGUACUCAACGCGGAUCAUCUUCCAGUGUGAUCAAAGUAUGGUAAGUUUUUUGGGUCUGUCUAUUGAUGCCGAAUAGUCUGGAUGUAAAAAAAACUUGACUUCCUUUAGCAACCUUGCAAGCUUAUUGAAGGGCUUGCCUGCAUAGCUGCAGUUCCCCCUUCCCAUUGUGCCUGUGCAGCUCUGGAGCUGUGUUUACAUGCACUGCCAGGGUCCUUCCCCCACUUCCAGCCUGAAAGGACCAGUAGCUCUUCAAGUGAGUGAGUGAGUGAGUGAGUACCACAUGCAGAGCUGCCACAUAGCUGCAUCCUUUGCUGCCCAGAUGGUCAUUUUGAAGUGAUUGCUGCUCAUCCUGACAAACAAGGUGUGGCAUAGGGACCCUUGUAACUUGCCACUAACAUUUGAUCAUACAGUGGUACCUCGGGUUAAGAACUUAAUUCUUUCUGGAGGUCUGUUCUAAACCUGAAACUGUUCUUAACCUGAAGCACCACUUUAGCUAAUGGGGCCUCCCGCUGCCGCCACGCCACCGGAGCACGAUUUCUGUUCUCAUCCUGAAGCAAAGUUCUUAACCUGAAGCACUAUUUCUGGGUUAGCAGAGUCUGUAAGCUGAAGCGUAUGUAACCUGAGGUACCACUGUGUUCUCUUCUUUCUUUUCCCCCAUCUGGAGAGAAUUCAAAUGCUUAGAACUAGCAACAUUAUUUUGUUAUGCGAUAGGAAGCAGCUGAGCUCUCCAGAGUAGCUAAUCAAGCUUGCUUCUAUUUGCAAAGCAUAUAGCAGCUUAUUUACAUAGUGGACUUCAAGGACCCUCAUAAUAUUGACAUGGAAUGUACAUUUACUUGAGAAGCACACCUCAGUAUUGCGAAUGAGUUGCAGUAUUCAUUCUUGUGCUCCAGUUUCCUGAGCAAGCAACAACUCUCUCAUUUUUUGUGACGUUCUGAACUUUCAAAUCGUUAUGGUGAAUUAACAUAGUCCCAGGUAGACCCCUCUGAAAGCUGUAAGUAUGUGGGACACAUGUACAUGUGGUGGCAUCAUCUGGCUCCUCAUAUUCCAGCUAAGGCAAUUUCUCCUUAAAACAUUUCUGUGUAAUCCGCUUUGUGUGGUACAACUGAAAAGAUUGCAUCAAUAUUGCAGUGCCUUGUGCCAAGUUCAAAAGUCUGCUGUUUCCACAUGGAAGCAAGUACUUUCAUUUCGUGCCAGCCACCUUGGUAUUUUUUCUUAAAAUGAAAGGUGGCAUAUAAAUUCUUGUAACAAUUAACAACAGCAACAACAACAGCAACAACAACAACAACAGGUUACAACUUUCUACAUGGAAAUCCCUCUGUGUAGGCAAACAAUAUGUGAUGCUUGAAGUGUGGGCCAUGUUGAGUUCUUGCCUAAAGUUGUGCCAGCAGCUUGAAAAAGACCCUUCAGUGGCACUUCAGGCUUAAUUAUGCAAUAUACUUUUGUCCAGGCUGAUUUUCUGCAUAACAGGUAUAUAAAAUAACCCUGAACAGAUCAGUGAAUAGCAAGUAUCUAAGAUUCACAUGUUUUCUCACCACAAGGAAUUUGGAUCAGUUUGAGUCCUGGUUACAUAACUUAAUGGUGGGUGAAUUUUAUAUACUGAAUUUAUAUAAGGAGAUAAACAGAACUUCAUGUCUAAAGCUGACAACAAACUCCUUUUUACUUAGGGAUCACCAGUGUUUCAACAUGAAGACGACUGUGAGUUUGUGUUUCUUUGGAGAACAGUAGCAGCUUGUCCUGUGCACAGGGUUGAGGGUAAGUAUUUGUAGUUAAAUAAAAUUAUUUAACUAAUGUGUCUAAAACUCUUGGCAAAAAAGUAGUACAUAAUUGGAAUGCAAGAAGAAAUAAGACAAUUCAGAUGGCCUUAAAUUAUCUAUCUACUGAGAUUCCAGAUACAUGGCACAGCUGAUCUUAACUUGCAAAGCAUUUUGAGUAGAAAAUAAGAAAAUCAUAUGUAGCUUUUGUUAUGGAAUGAUUCUGCAAAAGUUUGCAAAUGGACUCCUUUCUCUUACAAAAAAACUUUCUGAAAAUAACUGCAACGUUCUGAAAUGAACAGACACACAAAUUCAUAUGCAGAAAAUGUUAUCUCUGGUCCACCUUUGGACCAAGGCGUUGACCUGGGAAUAAGGCUUUGUGUGCAUGUGAGUAACAUUCCCCUGGGUUUGGUGUUCUUUUAAGGUGAGAACUGUCAAGUAAAAGAUCCAAGGUAUGGUCAUAUGUAUGAUCUGACACCGCUUCGUGGGAAGGAUGUGAAAGUGAGCACUGAGGAAUAUGACUACUACUUCAGAGUCUGUGAUGGAUUAACAGCGGGGAAGUGCACAGAACCAGGAACAACUGCAGAUGUUGUGUCGGCAUGUCAAAUUAAGAAACGAGACCCCAGCUUUAAAAAAAUAGCAGGUAAGAUGUCAUUCUGGGAUGUAGCGGCUUGGAUUUACCAGGGGAAGUUUGCCUGGCUUCAGAGGGGAGGAUGCAUGAAGCAUCAAGGUAUACUUCCAGAGCAAAUGUCCACCUUAAAUAGUUUUAUUUUAAAAUCCACACAUUUGUCUAGUAUUUCUAUCUAGUGGAAGGAAUACCUCUUGACGCUCCUGAGAUUUCCAGCUAAGUCAUCAUGUAGCUGUGAUGGCUGUUGUAGGCUAUUCCCACAGCUAACAUUCACCUGUCUUCCGUGGUUAGUAUUAGCAUUUAACCUUGAAGUACACAGUUGAGAACUAGUAAAAUAACCUAGAACCCAGUUGAGUUUGGAGAUGGCACCUCCCUCCACAUACUUCCACCACAAUUUCUGAUCAGAUGCACCACUGUGGGGUUAUGUGCUCAGAUUCUGUGUAUGAACACAUGCACACUCAGGCGCUAGACAUGCACGUGUAUGCAUACUGUAACUAAACACACAGAGUGGGGUGUAAAUAAAGUACAUGUGUACGUACGCCUUUAUUUUUAUAUGAAUACAUUUUAUUAUAUAAUGUGUUUUGACUUCUAUUUAUGUUCUUGUUGGGCAGGCUGAAAACAAGUUAGGUAUUGUGUAUACGCAGAGUGUUGAGUCAUGUUGCCUGUAGAGCCCUUCUGGAGAUGUCAUUGCAUUUCUGUAGUGUAUUGAGUGGAAACUGGGUUGGAUAGUGGGAACACUGGGAAGAAGAGAUGGGAAAGGGCCAAGAUCAUGUCCUAGGUCAUGCUCAGGUCAGCAUACCCCCCACCCCCCCAAUUUCAACAAAUCUGCAAUCUUAACAUCAGUGGGGGUGGAAUUGCUAUUAAAAAAACAACUAGAUACUGAAAUGGGAUGAGUCUAAGCUUUUCUUUUUAGAGCUGUCAUUCCCUAGUGUGCUUUGCAAGCUGACUGUUGACAAAAUAAGGCAGCAUUGGGGGACCCACUGGGCUGAAUUAACUUUAGUCUAUAUGGCUAAUGUUUACAGUACAAAACUCCUAUGCCUUCAGUUAGUAUACUCUUUAUAAUUCACUGUUCAGGUUUGAAAACUACAAAGCUGACAUACGAAAAUGGAUUAAUCAAAAUUAACUACACCAAUGGGGAGACAUGCCACAAGAUAUAUCAGCGGUCAACAGCCAUAUUGUUCUAUUGUGAUCCUGAAAGUAAUUCGCAGGUAAGCAGACAUGGGUGUUAAUCUCAAAUGUGAUUGUCAAAACCCCUUAUGUUACUCUUCCUGCAAAGCCAUAAGCUCUAAGCACACAUAGCUGUAACCUCAUAGAACCUGGGUGGGCAGACAUCAGACUUGCAGGAUCUGCAUGGGCUAUUUUUUUUUUAUAUAAUUAACUGGAAUCUAGAGAUCCACCUUCCAGAGCCUGGUGAAAAAGAAUAGUCUGAAUAAAAAUAGUCUGAACCUAGGAAUUUUACUUUGCAUGCCAGACUGGAGUGGAGACACAAUACUUCUAUGCACAAAAAACCCCCACUCUUUAUCUCCUCCCUGCCCCGGCCCUGGCAAGCUUUCUUCAUUUCAGCUGUAUAAUUUACAGGAGGAAAAGGAGUCAUUUUUGUGCUGGUAUUUUUAAACAACUGGGAAUCAGGAACUUACUGAUCUACUGCGAAUCAUUGAGACAUCUCCCAGAUUUACGUUCUGCCCCUGCUGGCUAUAUGUGCAGUUGGAGAUCAGGGUUGCACAGGCGUGCCCAGCCCCUGAGCCCACCUGAUGGGCCCUACAUGAACACUACAUCCACCAUGUAGCUUUGUGCAUAGAGCUUGAUACCUGCAGGUUCAUUCCAUAAUUGCCAUUGCCCUUCCCUCUCCACUGACUUUAUGUGGCACCAAUCAUAAUUGCACAGAUAGGCCCUCAUUCUGCUCUCAUUCAGCUUAUUUAUAUGCAGCAUGUGAACCAGGUAAGUAGGGUGGGCCAAAAGUACUGAAAAACCAAAUAUCGUUAGGACAGCUAAAUAUGUUAGUAACAAAAUUAGUUUGUUUUUAAAAAAGAAAAGGUAAAACAGCUGAGCAAAUAAAUAAAGUGUGAAAGCAGCACAUGCCAAGGCGAUGAGCUUGACUCCAUUAUUUAUGUUAGCCAAAAUACUUCAAAUUCACCCUUCUGAUUAAAAUCCAUUUGGUCUUGUUUUAAAUUUUUGUAUGAAUAGGACCACAGUGCAUUUCCCCAGUAUAAGAUGUAGAUGGUGCACUGGAGCAGAAGCUCCUUUUUGCAGAUGGUUACUGUUUUGCAUAAUCCGUAGUCCAGACCUCGGAUGGAGUAGGGUUGUCUGCUUUCAGCCCUACUGGUAUUGUCGGCUUCUGUAUGUAACGGGUUGUGGGGGGGUUUACCUUUCUUUUCUCAGCCAGUGUUUCUGAAGGAAAUGGAGGAUUGCACCUAUUUGUUUGAGUGGCACACUCCUCUUGCCUGCCCACCUUCCAGGUCUAUCGAGUGCUCCUAUAAGUAAGUUGACUUCACCUGGCUGUCAAAACAAUAAAUUUAUUUCCUCCCCAUCCCUUCUUUAGGGCUUCCUGUCCCGUCUGUGUUAAAUGGCGAUGCCUAGGCCAUUAAAGCAGCUAUUCAGUGUGAUUUAUUUGGAGGGUAGGGGAGAACUCUUGUUCCCUAGCCAUCAGCAGAAACAACUAAGAAGUGGGUGGUGGUGAGAUGGUGGAUGUCGAAAGACCAUCUUGUUGUACAGAUUCUCAGAUACGGAACCCCUAGAUACUUGAGAAGCUUUUGUGCGGCUAGAGUAGUUAACAGAAGAAUGGCAGUCGUUCUGCUAGAUAAGCUAUGUGGCAGGACAGGAAAGUUUGCUUGGAUUUUGAUGGCACUUUUUGGCACUCCUUACACUGUUGAUGUGCUUCUCCGCAGGAUGUCUUCUGUUAACUUUUUUUGCUGUAAAACGUCCUUUGUUCUGUUGCAGAGACAGUACCGGCAACUCGUAUGAUCUCUCCUCUCUGACACGGCAUAAGGAGAACUGGGAAGCCAUUUCAAUGACUAACUCUACUCAAAAAUACUACAUCAACGUCUGUAAAUCUUUGGUGCCACAUCGAGGAGCGGGUAAGAACUGGAGAGACAGCGCAGGCUGCGUGUGCAGGAGUGGGGCCAAGUAGAGGGAUUGAACUGCACAGGGGCAGGGAGGGAAAGAAGGGAGGCCACAGCAAUGUUGGGGACCACUUCACCAUAGCAAGGCAUUUACGCAAACCCAUGUGCUGUUAGAAGUGCGUGGCCUUGACUGCCUGCUGGGUAAAUGUUAGAAGGCAGAAAGCCACACCCACUGACAAUCAAGUUCUUCCCAUUGCUGCUACCCAAAUAUGUGUGUGUGUGUGUGUGUGUGUGGCAGUAGUGUUGGAUCCUGUAGCAGUGUGACUGGAGCCCCAAAAUCCCUUAGGGAGAGGGGGAAGACCUAUCUCCACUUACCUCACAGCUAAGCAUCCUGUCUGUUGCCUCAACACCAGGUGAAAAGCAUAGCAAAAUUUGAUGUUGCUUGCAAGAUAAGCUGUAUAUUGGGAACUGGAGUGUUAUGAAGAAGGCAGUCCACUGUGCACCCGCUCCGUCUUGUUUCUCAUAUUGGGCUUCUCCAUGUAGAGAGGGCAGGUGAAUGCUGUCUUCACUCUUUUAUGGUUGCAGCUGUCUUAUGAAACCUGCUGUGUCCUAUUUAAGGCUAAGUGAAAGCUGUAAACACCCUGUAAUCUGAUUCUUCUCCUAGCAUUCUCUGUUUGUGCAACAGUGUACCAGUUCUGCCUCAUUGUCUUAAAAAUUACCCUGGAGCAAGGGAGGAAUGACCUACAUAGCUUCCUUGAAACUGAGAACAUUGGUGUCCAAAGAGUUGGAUGUGGGAAAAGAGAUUAAAAAGCACUAUUGUAACCCACUGUGAAUCUGAACAUAGGUUUUUUACAUGGUAAAAGAGUAGUAAAUGGAACAGCUCCUACCUGUGAUUGUGAACACACUGUCCUUGAUUCCUAUUGCUCUUUGCAAUGUUUUUUCCUAACCCCGGUAUUUAUGUUUGUAUAGUCGUGGAAUGUGUUCUAUCUUGGGAAUAACAGCAAACUAAGACAUACUUGGGAAUACAGUGGUGCCUCGCAAGACGAAAUUAAUUCGUUCCGCAAGUUUUGUCGUCUUGCGAUUUUUUUCGUCUUGCGAAGCAUGGUGUCGGGAAAGUUUUGGAAAAGCUUCAAAAAUCACCAAAGUCUUUAAAAACCUCAAAAAAGGCUACCACAUCGCGUUCUAUGAGUUGCUCCUCGAAGUCAAGUCGCAACUGUAUUAACGGUGUUAAGAAAAAGGAAACAAACUUGCAAGACGUUUCUGUCUUGCGAAGCAAGCCCAUAGGGAAAAUCGUCUUGCGAAGCAACUCAAAAAACAAAAAACCCUUUCAUCUAGCGAGUUUUUUGUCUUGCGAGGCAUUCGUCUUGCGAGGUACCACUGUAGAUCCAUUUAUUUCAAUAGGUCUGCUCUGAAUAUGACUCGUGUUGCGUUAGGUUCAUGUUUCGUCCUUUUGGCUUGGAACACGACAAACACGGAAGUGUAUACUUCUGGGUUCGCCAUGCAUGCAUGCACAGAAGCAUUCUGCGCACUUCGCACAUGCGCAGAAGCGGCACUCUACUUGCGGACUUUUCAGGGUGCGAACGGCACCCCGGAACGGAUCAAGUCCGUAACUAGAGGUACCACUGUAACGUUGUAUACCUCCCUGUUUAAUUGAAGGUUAAUAUGAUAAGGUAUUUUUCCCUGGCACACCCCAAACAUCUUACUAUUAAGAUGGCAGGUAAUAACCUAAAUACUCUAAAUUUUAUUACUAGACUUGCUGAUUCUGAGUAUAUAUAGAAAUGACACAUAGAGCUAAUUAUAUGUGUUGUUUCUUUGCCCAGGAACUAUGCCAUCUCAAUUUUAUGUGGGGAGGUAUUUGUCUAAAGUUGACCCAGUGUGCCAAAUCCUUGCUGGCACAUCAGGAAGUUUGUUGUUGUUGUUGUUAACUAAAUUUCUAUAAUGCCCUUCAUCCGAGGAUCACAGGGUGGUUUACAAUAUAAAAACACAAAAAUACAUAACAUAGUAACACCCCCCCACCCCCUUUUAAAGGCCAUAGAUAGUUUAAUUAGCCAAAAGCCUGGGAGAAGAGGAACGUUUUUGCCUGGUGCCCAAAGAUAUGUAAUGAGGGUGCCAGAUGAACUUUCCUGGGGAGAGCUUUCCACAAACGGGGAGCCAUCGCAGAAAAGGCUUGUUAUCAUGUUGUUACCCUCCAGACCUCUCAUGGAGGAGGCACACAAAGAAGAGCCUCAAAUGGUGAUCUCAGGGUGGUUCAUUUUGGGAGAAGUGGUCCUUGAGUUAUUGUGGUCCUGAAAAAUAAUGUCGAAAUAAUUUCUGAAAAAUAAUAUAGACUUUGCCCAUUCAGAAGCCCCAACUUUCCCCUGAAUUAAGUUGAAGUGGUGUAGCCACCUCAGAAGCGUGUGCUUGAAUCGACUCUAAAAGUUUUUUGGUAGCGUUUCUUGAAUAUGUUAUUUGUGCCAAAACACCACCACCACCAAGAGAAUGUGGGGUAGGCUAUCAGGCAAUGCUAAACCCUUUAUUUUCUCUUCCCCACCCUCUUUUCUGGUGCCAAACAUAGAUUUCUGUUCACCGGAUUCUGCAGCUUGCCUGAUGGAUGGGUCCAAGUAUAUAAACUUGGGUGAGGUGUCUGAGGGAAUCCAAUGGCAAAAUGGCAUUUUUGUUAUUAAAUACAUCAAUGGUGAGAAGUGUCCAGACCAGAUCAGGAAGAAGUCUACAAUAAUCCGCUUCAAGUGUGACGGAAAUGCAGUUGUAAGUAUGCCUAAGUAGAUCGGGUUUUUUAUGUCUCCCCCCCCCCCAUAUGAAGAGCCAUUGCAUAGGUUCCUGGGGGUAAUAAUGGACCAUGGGAUUGGAUUGGAAUCUUAGAUAGCAUGCAGAUGACAAAUUUACCCCCAAAUCUGCAGCUGCGGGUAAUCAAACACUUGGCAGGACGAGGCAGUAAUUGUGCUGCCCUGCGGAACUCGUCGCAGAGUAGUUCCCUGGAAAGGAAACAAACAGUGUGUGGUCCAGAUUAAUCUUGGGUGGUGAUGAGGGUUCUAUAACAGAAGCUUAAACUGAUGGAUGUCCAAGGGGAUUUAUACUUUUGGGUCUUUGGGCCACAAUAACUUUGCUAAGACCUUCUGAAGGGAAGGUAGGCUGCUACCAGGGGUCAACAUUCCAGCUGCCUCCCCCCAAAAGGGUAAAGUGUGCUGCAAGAAAUAUUGUCAGUACCCCAGCGCAGAAGUUUUGCAGAUGUUGACUUUUUGAUAUCCGUUUUUGUCCAGGAUUCCAAGCCUGAACUUAUAACAGCCAUUGAGGAUUGUGAAUAUACUUUUCUAUGGUUCACGGCUGCUGCGUGUCCUCUGAAAACCAACGUGCACAACAAUUGCACAGUAUCCAACCCUCUUACAGGUAUGCCUUUGACACACACGUGGGCCUGGUCGGGGUAGCUGUAACCGGAAUCAACCUCUAAUCGUUCUUCCAUGGGAGAGAGCAAUAGUGGACUUAGGACUCUCAAAUAACCAUCUUGGGAGAUCCCAGGCUAAUCUGAAGGGAGCAGCCUCAUACACCCUAGUGAUAGGUACUCGUUCUUGCUCAUGUCCAUUGGUGGAACAUAGAAAGCUGCCUUAUACUGAGGCAGGCAGGCUGCCCAUCCAGCUCAGUAUUGUCAACACUGGCUGGCAGCAGCUCUCUAGGGUUUCAGAUGGACUUUUCCCAGCCCCACCUGAAUAUGCUAAGGAUUAUGCCUGGGAUUGAGCCAUGUAAAGCAAGAGCCCUUCCCUAACUCCUGAAUCUUGCAGGUAUAUGUCAUUCCUGUUUUAUCACAGGGAAUGCACCCAUAAAAUGCAAGUGGAAGGUUGCAUUGGGGCUACAGUGCAAUUGUACAGGGUACAGCUAUUGGUUCUGUGGAAGAAAAAACAAGAUGCCCAAAUAUCCACCAAUAGGACAGAAGGUUAUAUGAAACAGAACACACAAAUACUUUUGUGAGGGCAAACAACAUAAGCUACCAAUAAUGUCACAUUUAUUUGUGGAUCGUCUGUAAUCGAGGGAGAGUGGUUGCUACCUCAUUUUAUGGGCCGCUUCACACGCAACACUGGGUAAACCUCCCUUUAGUGUGUAUGCAUGCACACAGCAAGGUGCUGCAACCAAUCACAUAUCUCUGGUGCAUGUACCUGUAUGGGUCAUGUGCCUGUUCGUAUUCCUAAGUGUAUGUCUAAGUACACAAGAGUGCUGCUUUAUCAAAGGCCCAUAUGGUGCAGCAUCCUGGUUGACAGUGCCCAGCUAGGGGCCCACAAGGAUACCCAGUAGCAGCAUUCACCCAAUUCGUGUUUCCCCACAACUGGUAUUCUAAUCCUAGAGGUAAUACAUAGUCAGAAGAACAAUUUCCUCCAUGAACUUCUCUAAUCCCCUUUGAAAGCAAUCUGAGUUGAUGGUCAUCUUGUGAUUUAAAGCAUCACCAAGGUCUACUCCUUGGGUAAAGAAAAAUCUCAGUUGCUCUCUGCAGGGAAGCUAAAAAGCUAAAUUAUCCUCUCCCCCCUCCCUUUUCUUGCAGGCCAUCUCUUUGACCUUAAUUCUUUAAAGAGGCAGGAUGGUUAUACUGUCACUGAUUACAGGAACCAGAGAAUAUUGCGACUGAGUGUGUGUGAUGAAGCCAGAGGUCCAUGUGGCAGUGGAGUUGGUAAGCCUGGACAUAUCAGCAAUGUGUUCAGUGGAGCUCAUGGAAGUUCUGUGGAGUUCUCAUGAAACUGUCCCUGUACUUAUAACCAGGCUAAAUCCAACCAGCAAUUCUACUACUUUAAUUGGAAAUAGCUUUUACCCUGUACUGCUCUCCUUCCUGCCUACCCUGUGUACCAGUGCCACCUCUAAUGUGACUGGCCGUCCAUGCAUAUGGGUAUAAGAUUCUUGAUCAGAUUGCACACUUCAUCUGGCAUGUCAACUGGGAUUUGGGCCUAUACAGACUGGGAUUUUGCGGGCACACUUGAAUGGCUGUUGCCAUUGUUGGUAGGAUGGAAAUGCUGGGUGCAUAGAGGAGGAAGUGCAGGAUCAUGCCCUGCAGCAUGUGGGAAGUGGCCCAGUGAAUCAUCUAAUCUCACCUAAUUAAAAAUGCUAACAUUGAAUUCUAUUAUUUUCUUGCACAAACUAGAUGUAGGUCACAGUUCUUCCCAUUUUAUAAAUUGGGAACUGAGCUUGAGCGCAAGUGACUGUGUUAAGGCUGCCCAGUGAGUCAACGAACAAUUUUAACCCAGUGUUCUAAGAACGAGUGCUUUUCACACCCUCCUUGUUCUGAGCGAAGUCCUCAAAGUUCUCAACUACUUGGUGUAACUAAUGUAAUCCCUCUCAGUUCUGUUGAAAUAUAACAGCCCAAGGAGUGGAUUGCGCAGCUGCUUAACUCAAGCUUCCUUCCGUCAUAACCCACCCAUUGCACUUCUAAACUUGUUAAUAGGUGUCUGUGUCACUGGUGGCCAUCAGCAACCAGUCAGUGCUGGAAGACUGACCAAAGCAUUAACUUAUGAAGAUGGAGUUUUGAAACUUAGCUACAGCGGAGGAGAGUCGUGCCCUGCAAAUCCUAAACUGAAGUAUACAAGCUAUUUCAGCUUUGUGUGCAGGCCUGAUGCUGGGCCAGGUAGCCAGCCCUUCCUUGUCUCCUUCGAUGAGGCGGCAUGUGCCUAUUAUUUCUCUUGGCAUACGGCUUUAGCUUGUGAAGAAGAGAGUCCGGUAAGUGAAUUGGCAAUUUCAUCAAGCUCCUGUUACCUAAAAUGUCAAAGUAACAACCAUACCUGCAAGCAAUAUUUUUAAGUUUGAAAAGGCACAGGUUUAAAUGCUCCAGUUUCAGAUGUUGGUUUUGUGUGUUUUUGAGGAGGCAAUACAAAAUUCUCAGAUCCAUAAAAUUUGUGGUAUCUUGUUCUUUUUUGUUGAAGGGGGUAGCUGGUGGCUUUUUGGUUUUGUUUUGUUUAGGAAUAGAUGUGUUCUGUUUAGGUAACAGUAGAACAGAGGCAGUAUAAUUGUGUUGCCAGAUGAGAAGUUGAAAGUCCUGCCAAACAAUGCAGUUCUUGCCAAUAACUCUGGUACAGUGCAGGCAUAAUUCUACAUUUGAUUAAGGGAACAGUAGAUAUCCACAGGAUAUCUGGAACGGAAUUCAUAUUAAACUUAACCAAAUCAUUAAUGGUCAGUCACAACCCCCCUCCACCCCAGGCAUGGAGGGCAGAGCAAAUUUGCAUGCAAGGGAGUAGGAAAGAGGAGGUGAAGGAGUUCACAGUCCCACAGUGCAGUUCCUUGACACUGGGUAGUAUUAUGUCAAUUCCAGAGCUCAGUGUUGUGAGUAACAGUCAAGAGAAGAAGAAUCACAACGGUAGGUCAAUAGAGACCUCUUUUUCCAUUGAGAUUAAUAUAUCACUGUGUGUUGGACAACUUAGCAGUGCUCUCAAAGCAUCAGCAACUGCUGUGAAGCAGAAAUGUCAAGAAGGGAGAGGCUAAUCAAGGCCUUUAGCUGUUAUUGCCUUGACCAAUAAAUAAACUGCAAAGUUGAUCUUCUUGUGCCUAUGGCUCAGCCCAGGAACAUGUGUCAUUUCACUGGUAUUUGCUUUCAAUCAAGUAUAUCCAGGACCAAGACAGAAGUGACCUCUGCUGGAGAAGUACAAAGAGACUGAAGGGAGAUUCAGGGUGGGAUGGGAUCAGAUUGAACACAUGAUCAAAUGAACACAUUGGCUUGCAGUGCAGUGGGGGGGGGGAGCACUAAGAAAAGAACAGACCCCGAUAAAUUAGGUUUCAUUUUUGCUUGUUGCCAUUUGGGGAAUAGUAGCUGCAAGUGCUGAUUUGUGGAACUUCCUCCCACUGCAAACAGGUGGAAUGCUCAGUUACAAAUGGCAGCACAAUAAUUGACCUCUCUCCUUUGAUACAUCGGACGGGCUCCUAUGAGGCAUUUGAUGAGACGUUCGAUGAUUCCUCUGACCUUACUCCAGAUUUCUAUAUAAAUAUUUGCCGCCCGUUGAAUUCCAUCAAAGAUGUCAACUGCCCACCUGGAGCAGCUGUCUGCAUGGUUCCAGUUACUGGUCCUCCUAUAGUAAGUUAUCCCUAUGUACCAAACAAUCCUCUUUAGCAAAUGCAUUAGUGUUUUUGUAAUUUAUAACCAGUAUGUUGGUUUAUGGUUAAUUGAGGGUCGCCUCUCUUGGGACAAGUCACUGAUUCUGUGUGGUGACUAUUGUUAUAACUGCAUGUGGUCUGAACCACUGAGGAAAGAGGGAUCUCUUUGUACAUUCUUCCUUCUCCCACCCUCACAAUCCGGGGUGGGGGUGGGGGCACUGUCCAGAAGUGGCUCCUUACCAAAUCAUGGUCUGUAUCCAAAGUAGUGCAUAACUUUUUACUUGUACUCAAGGCUUUGGGGCUAUUUUUUGAGCGACAGAUCCACACAUCUCAUGGCAAACCUAUUUCAAGACAAAAUAUGUGUUCCAAAAUCAAUUUGUGAUGUGGUCUGUGGGAGAGUGUGGUGUCUGCUUUCAAAGGAAAAAAAUGCCAUUAACAUUAGGAAAACGGGCAGCAUUGAAUCGUAUUACAGCCCAAACAAUGUGAUCUUAUUUUGUAGAAAGUCUGAAAUAAGAUGUGGAAAUGUUUUUAUUUUGCCAGAUUGUUUUAUAAUGAUCAACUUUCUGUUGGAUGCUGUCCUAAGGCUGCAGUUGAAAUUCUGGCAGGGCCUAACAGAGUGGUGGGUCCACAGCCCUGCUUCAACCAGGGUAGAAGGUUGGUGGGGGCAAGCAAUUCUAGUGGGACCUCGGGAAGCUCAGUGCCUUCCUCUCCCACAGAGCCACCCUCUUGGGGCUUUGCAUGGCUGCUGCUAGUGGAGCGCCUUCUGGUGGCACUUCCUCCUGCUUGCCUGUUCAGUGAGCAGAAUGGGGAACUUUGUGCCUAAGGAGCAAUGCUGGCAUCACUCUGCAGGCUGUAGCCUGCAGAGACUGGCAGGGCCGGGUGCAGGGAUACCUGCUCAACUCAAAUCCCCCCCCCCAACCCAGCCUGACACAAAGGAGCUUUGGAUUCUAGGGCCAUGUGCAGAAGCCUCAGAGAGUUGUGCUAGUUCUGUUGCCUUUUUGCAGUACCAAAAUGCAGACUUCUUGGUCUUAACUGUCUUUCUAAAGGUGCUUAUGCUCCUUGCUUUUCCAUCUUUGACACUGGAGGAAGGCAACAGACCAAAGACAGUAAGAUGGGACAACCAUGAGUAAUACAUUAAAUUAGCCACCUGGCCUCUCAUAUAAAGAGGGACACAGCUGUUCUGUAUGUCAUGGGGGAUGAGGUGGUGGAAUUCUGGGCUGUUUCCCUUCAGGCUGCAGAUAGGGGAAGUGCGUUGUUGAAUGGCCCACUGUUAGCUGAAAGCUCCAUUUACUUAAUAAAUUGGUACAUCUGUAAGAAUGUUUAAAUUAACUUCUCUGUGUUACUAGUUUUUUCAGUGUGAGGCUGCCUUCAAAAAUCUAGUACCCUGCCUUUAGUCUACCAUCACUGUAAAACCCAAGAACACCUCCGCCUUGUUCCACAUUACUUGUGAAGCUGCUCUUGCAGUUUCCAGUGUUCAUUGCCAUUCCCCAUGUGAAAUGGAAUCCUCUCUAGGUUUUUUGUGCAUCUUGUCUUGGUGCUCGCUGGCACUACUGGAAAAUCAUGCCAGUGCUUUGUGUGAAAGUGUCACAACCAAGUUAAUUUGUUGUGUUUUCUCAUUUAGGAUAUUGGCCGUAUUACUUCGCCUCCCAAGCUCAACCCUGCAACACAUGAAGUUUACAUUGCUUUUAACAGUAGCACUCCUUGUCUGGAAGAUAAAAGUCUCAAGUAUUCUUCUCUCAUUGUGUUCCAUUGCAGCAGAGGGACAGAUCUGGUAAUGGUCAUCUUAUUUUGCGUACUGCCAAGCCUGAAUCAAGGGUGGUGGUGGGGAAGAGAAGAAUCUUUGGGAGGAAAGGACAAAAGUGAAUUGAGUGAAGGAUGAUUAAAUCUGUUCCAAAUGCUAAUUUGCAAAGUGCCACAAGAGCCUGUAGUGCAUCUGCUGCAGAGAUUUUCAAAGUGCAUUACACUCAUGUCCCACAGAAACUCAGUACUAAAAUCUUCCUUGACAUGAGGCGGGAAAUACUUAUUUUGCCUCUGACCAUCUUUGACCCUCAACUCACCCAAAUAAUACUUCUGAUGAACUCUCAACCAUAGAAGAUGUUAGUUAUUUCUAAACUCUAUAACUAGGUCACCAUUGCAGAUUUUGAAUGUAGACUUGAAUUCUGAAAACAGGAAGCUUAUAUAAGAUGUUGCUCUUCCAAAAUCCAGGUGUCCAAAGCUUUUUGUGGUCCAAUUUUUUGUUGAGCAAUGGGCAAUAGGAAGGGCAUGAAAGUUUAGGGUGGGGGUUAAGGAAUGGAGUAGCUGCUACUGGAGAAGAGCAGGGAGAUGUGCAAGGCAUUGCCAGUUUUCUUGGGGUGUGGAAGGUAUUGAGUAUUUGCUAGAUUUUCUUCACAAGAUCUUGAAUGGAAAGUUGGGAUCCUUAGAAUCUCUGUGUGUGUGUGUGUUGCUUAGCAGGUUCCAUGCGUGCAUAUGAAGUACAUACAGUCAGAAUACCUGACCUUUAAUGUCUUUUUUACAUCUCUGUGUACGUUUGAAAAUGUUGCAAGCCUUGGCAGAUGUGUGCUGUUAGCUUCAAAGGCUGUUCCUGCUUUUUUAAAAUGUCUUGAUGAUUCUAAUGUGAAUUUAAUGAGGGAUGCUGACAGCAAAUUACGCAGGCAGCAGGAACACUGUGUCCAUAAUGUUCUAUCAAGCCCCACAUCACAGAGGUAAAUUCUUCUGCUUAAUGGGUCUAAGUCUGAGCAUAAGUGCAUGGCAUGUUUCCACUUUAAAAUAGAUAGAAAAUCAAACAGUUUAAAAAGCGAUUCUCCGUAUAGAUAGCACAAACCUUGGGGGAGAAAGGGCAUUUGUAUUCUGCCUCAUUGGCACAAGAGUUUCUGCAGGAUGAGAUUUCUAGUGCUACUCAGUUACCCUGUGAACCUUAAUCACAUGGGGGAGAGUUGAUGUUAUCCACUCACUCCUGCAGAGUCCAUCACUGAUGUCUCCCAUAUCACCUCUGGCUUCUUGCACUACCAGAGUACAUGGGAAGCAUCUGUUUGGGUUACAUAAGAAUGGGCCUCGGAAGUCAGAGCCAUUGUCUAAAACACCAUAAGGGGGUAGUGGUGGAGAGGAAUAAUGGUGGCAGAUCAGCUUUUUAUUCGCUACCUACAACCUUACCCAGUACUUGUCCAGAUGAAGAAAUGAAUAUAUACCUUAUAACAGACUGAAUGCAAUGGGAUUAAUUUCACUGGCAGCGUUUGCACAUCAUAGUGGCUUACCGUGAACACACAGCUGUCUCAUCACAGGCUUAGUGUUGCACCCGAACCAUGGUUUGUUUUGAUCCGACGAAUCACAGUGCUAACCCAAAGUUUGCUCUUGAGUAUCAGAUUCCUAAAUAAGAAGGUUGCAGUAAGCCAAGCCUAAACAAUUUUUCUGUUUUCUCUUGUUUGUGUUUUGGUGACAGGGAAAGCCAAAAAUGAUAGGGCAGUCCACCUGCGAAUACAUAUUCGAAUGGAGCACUCCAGUUGUUUGCCCUGAUAAAGUGGACGUCUCGGGCUGCUCGGUGGCUGAUGAGCAGCUGCACUACACUUUCAACCUAUCCAGACUUUCUGCAAAGCCUUACCAGGUGAUGUGCUGCAAACUUUAGGUGCUGUGGCCAGUGAGGGAGCUGGAUGCUUUGAACUGGAACCUUGUUUCUAUCAUGGUGGGGGGGAAGGGGUUGGUUCAAGCUUUGUGCUAAGCGAUGGAUUGUAGCUCAGCGGCAGGGCAUGUGUUUUACAUGUGUCAGGUCCCAGGUUCAAUCCUCAGCAUCUCCAGCUCAGUUGGUAUGGCAUCAUAUGCCGGCUUUGGUUAUUCCCCUUCCCCAAAAGUAUCCAGUCAGGCUGCUGCAAACUCCACUGCAUUUGUCACUUGAUUUGCCCCCAUCUCCUUUGGGGAGGGGGUAUAACUUGCAUCUAUUUGGUUCUGAAGGCUUUUGAAAGUUCAAGCGAUGGUGUUUUGUGGGGUGUUUCCCUAGGUGAUCUCACAGUGUGGACUAAUAAUACAAUUCUUCCAGAAUGGAAACUCUGGUUGGAAUAUUCAGGGGUUUUUUUCAGGGGAAGACCCAAAGCUUUUUGUAAACAAUGGUUACAUGGAACAAUAGGGUUGUGUGGGGGAGACUGACAAGUUAGUAUUUGAGUGGUUCCAGUAGUAUUUAUUUUUGAAGCAUGCCUCUGUUGGUGGGGGACCCAUGUGGGAGAGGGCUGUUGCGUCCAUGUCCUGCUUUUUGGGUUCCCAAAGCCCUCUGGUUCACCAGCAUGAGUUCGGGCUGCUUGGCUAGGUGGACCUGUUGUUCUGAUUCUGCAGGGCUCUUAUGCUCUUGAAGUUUUACUGCUUGUUGAAAUUGAGACCACCAUCUGUUUGCAAGCAGCAGCCAAAGUAAAUAUUUCCCAUGGCAGCCUUCACGGUGCUCCUUCUUGUUUUCUCUCUUAAGCAACUAGACAAACCAAGAUGACAGUAACACUGUGCUCUGUUUCUGCUCCCAGUCUUCUGGACGUCAGCAUAUUGGAGACAUGUUUAACAUUUUCAUUUACUCUUACUUGCACUUUAACAAUGGUGUUUGCCCAUACAGAUCUCUGCUGGGUCCAAGAAUUACCACCUAGGGGUGUGUUCUGGUGCUGCUGGUGUGCCCCAAGGAAAGUGCAAAGAUGCAGCAGUGUGCCUGGUCUCAGGCAACAGUGCCGUCUCGUUUGGCAACAGAAAUGAAAGGAAAAUGGACUACCGGCAUCAAGAUGAAGCUGUCAUUUUGCAGUAUACGGGUGGUGAUGAGUGCCCUCCAGGUAAGGCCUUCUAAAGCUAGCAGGAGUCUUUACUUUUGAGAAGGCUUUUAAGCCCACACCCAUGUGGUAGUUAGGCUUGACCAGCUUCUAAGCCAAAGAGUAGCUCAAAGCAACAUUAUUUCCGUAGCUCAUUCAUCCUCGCCGCAGCCCUCUGCAAGAAGGAGGUUCUCAUUUUUGAGUGAGAGGUAACUUAGCCGAGGCUAAGCAGACUAUAGUAGCCCUGGGUACUUUCCCAUGGGAAAUUUUGAAAUGGAGCUUCUGCAAAGCGCAAAGUUGUGACCCUCCUAGGACAGCUUCCUGUUUCUUGUCUGAUUUGUAUCAAUGCCAAGACAAGGAAGGUGGGCAAAACCCACCAGAUCUGCAUAUCUUUCUAAGGCUGAAACUCUAUUUGUGCCUGCUUGUUGUAGACUUGAACCUCCUAUUUCUGGCAAAUUCAAAAUCGUGUAUAAUAAUAAUAAUAAUAAUAAUAAUAAUAAUUUAUUAUUUAUACCCCGCCCAUCCGGCUAUGUUUCCCCAGCCACUCUGGGCGGCUCCCAACAGAAUAUUAAAAAUGCGAUAAAACAUCAAACAUUAAAAGCUUCCCUAAACAGGGCUGCCUUCAGAUGUCUUCUCAAAGUCAGAUAGUUGUUUAUUUCCUUGACAUCUAAUGAGAGGGCGUUCCACAGGGCGGCUGCCACUACCGAGAAGGCCCUCUGCCUGGUUCCCUGUAACUUGGCUUCUUGCAGUGAGGGAACCGCCAGAAGGCCCUUGGAGCUGGACCUCAGUGUCUGGGCUGAACAAUGAGUGGUGAUCGUUCCUUCCUCCAUAUGUGUGUAUUAAACACGCACAGUUUAUAUUGGGAAAAAUAAUAAUUGAAAGGAAUUAGCAUGACAGCUGUGAAAUAAUUGCAGUUUUGUCACAGUUAACAGCAGUCUCCCCCAUGAAGUUAUCAGUCACGAUUGCAUAACUAGUCAUUGUGGAUCAAUGGGUUACCUGGCAAAGUUAAUACCUGGGAGCAGAUCCAUUGAAAUGAAUGGACUUGUGUUCAUCUUGCCAUUCAGUGUCAGUGGGUCUACUCUGAGUAUAACUAAUAUGGGAUGCAAGCCAUUGCCUUCAAUUGCUAGUGGCUGUGGCUACCCAGUGUGCUUGUCUGCAGGAAUUGCCUGCUCAUGAAAGGUGCAGCCUGUGGCUCUCUCUGCGUGUGUUGAUAUUUCCUUUCACUUGCAGUGACUGAUCUGGACGAGCUUUGUGUCUUCCCUUUCCAAUACAAUGGUAAAACAUACGACACAUGUGUUCAGGAGGGACGAGAGCGGCCAUGGUGUGCCACUACAAAUAACUUUGAAAGAGACAAAAAAUGGGGUUUCUGUGUCAACGGUAAGCAAGCAUUGGAAAAAUGCUCAUGCAGUUUGGGGCAGGUUCAGAUGGAACAAGUUGGUAGCUAGGGGUAGAGCAGCAACCACAGAAAAGAAAAGCAACAAACACUGGCCUGCAGCCUGCACAGUACUUCUGCACACAACCAGAUGUUUUGCUCUGAGUUAGGGUGAAUGCUGAUAGUGAAUAUUUCUGUUAACCCAUGGCACUCUCCCAAUCGACACCAGGAGUCAUUUGCAUAGAGCAUUAGAUUAGCCUGUUGAUGAAUGACCAACUUGAUUUUGAGUUGGAAAAGAUAUGCAGUGCUCAUGCAAUUUGCCAGUGUGCAAGACAAGAUGCGCAGUAAAGGUUGUCAUAGAACAGGUCAUCAAAGUUAGCACCUUUGUGCAGUGUCAGGGAUGGACAGUAACAAAUAGUGUGUGUUCCUCCCCGUAAUCAUUUGUUUCAGGAUGUACUGAAACAUAUUUUGGAAAUUUUAUUCAUCUAUUUAUUUCUAUUAAAUUUCUAUCCCACCUUUCUUUCAAGGAGCUCAAGGUGACAAAAAGUUCUCCCCUCCCCUCCUCCUCUUAUCCUGUCAAUAACUCUAUGUGGUAGAGGUUAGGCUUAGAGAUGGGGACUGGCCCAAGGUCACAGUUUCAUGGCUGAGGGGUAUUUGAACCCUGGCCUGUCCGGGUACUAGUCUAGCACUCUUACAACUACACCACACUGGUGCUCAAAUUUUAAUAUGAGACUGUAAUCCAAAGCUUGCACGUUAACACCGUCAAAAUCAGAAGGAUUUACCUUGGAGAAGAUGCAUUUAGGAUGAGAAUAUUGAAGUGAAAUAUACAAUUUUUCUUUCAGAAAGAUAUCAUGUAGAUCAAACAAAAUUCACGAUGCUGCUUUUGUGUUUCCCUCUCUGGUAUCGCUAAUGGUCUUGCACAACAGUUGUCCUAGAUUUCUUAAUUCCACCACCCUCUUGCAGAGAGUCUGUGUUCAGCACUCAACCAUUAAUUUAACCCAGUUUACCUCCAUUCUUACAGACCUGUAAAUCACCUGUAAUGAGUUUUAUUUCCAGGUGUCUAGGCAGGAAAGCUGUUGGCAGUGGGGAGAAUUAGUCUCCUCUCCAGCCACUAAGGUGCUACAAAUGAUUCCUCUUUGUGAACUAACAACUUUUGUAGGCUUACUUAGGGUUGCCAUGUUUUAGUUUUGGCCAAAGUUGUCAAGCUUUUUAAAGUUUUUUUUUGCAAAACCUGGAAUAUAAUGGUGCCAGCUGUGCCCCCUGUGCUUGCAAAUGUUUCUCAAAUACUACAUGGUUGCAGCCCGUGUACUGUGGUGGGACGGUGGUCAGAAUUUGGGUGUGGAUUUACAGUUGCUUAUGAUGGUGAAACCUUUGCUUGUGUCUUGCAGGAAAUGGCCGCCGGGAAUCAACUAUUAUUUUCAAGUGUGAUGACAACGCUGAUGAUGGGAGCCCUCAACUACUGAGUGAGACAAAUGGCUGUGCAGUGACAUUUGAAUGGAAGACGCAAGUUGUGUGUCCACCCAGGAAAAUGGAGUGCAAGUUUAUUCAGAAGCACAAAACUUAUGAUUUGAGAGUGCUUUCCUCCCUCACAGGAUCUUGGAUCUUUGCUGACAAGACCAGCUCGUGAGUCUGUUUUACAGUUCUAAUGGAAACCAUAUUCCCAGUACAUUUUUAUUUGAAGGAUAGGACAGCCACCUUACAAAUGUUGGUGUUAACUUUUGAAGACAAGAGGCUGCCAGUGUCACACAGAAACAGUUGGGACUGUGCUUAACUGGUUUUGCACUCUUGUGUCUUUUGAUCUCAUUUCUUUGAGAAUGCAUGAGGAGUUCGUAUCUCAAGGUAACAAUGGGGGAGGUAUACCAGUAGAAAAGAGGUGCACAUUAGCCAGAAAUGGUGUUGCUACUUGGCAGUGCCCAGUGCCACUGGAAUACUGGGCUUACUAUGAUUCCAGAAGUUGCCAAACAGGAAAAGGUUCAGGACAGAACUAUUGAGACUUAUAGAAGACUUAAAAGGUAACUAGUACGAGCGGAAUGGAAAGGCUUGGUCCACAUAACGUAGAAGAAGAGAUGAAGACAUGAGAUGGCGGUAGUCCCCAAAUGAUUAAAAGAGAAAUGGAGAACACUGUUGUGACACGCAAUACCAAAAUGAUGGAAGAUACUAGCAAAUAGACAAAUUACCGUAUUUUUCCAUGUAUAAGACUAGAUUUUUUUCCUUUAAAAAUAAUGUCAAAAAUUAGGGGGCGUCUUAUACUCUGGGCCACCCCACCCCCAUUUUCUUAAAUCUGAGUCCCCCAAAAUAGGGGGCAUCUUAUACAUGGGGGCAUCUUAUAGACGAAAAAAUACGGUAAUUCAGUUUACACAAUUUAUGCAGGAUGCCACAUUCAGUUUUUCUUGGUGCAUAAUUUAAAUGUUUUAGCCUAAAGUACACAUAGCUAUGGUAAAUAUGCAGUCAUAUACUAGGCUGAUCUAUUACUUGUUUUAUUUUCCUCCUCUGUUUAAAGUUACUACAUGAAUCUCUGUCAAAGAGUCCACGAAGGACCCACAGGUUGCCCAGAACGAGCAAGUGUUUGCCGGAGAAGUCAGAACGGGGCUGUACAGGUUCUGGGAUUAGUGCAUACUCAGAAACUAAAUGUAACAGGUAUGUACCUAAAUACAGUGCAUGGUUGUUUUUUUAAAAAGGGGGCAACUGAAGUAAAUAUUUUAAUGGAAAAUGUGUCUAUUUUCAUUUAUUACUCUAAACAGCUGAAAUCUAUAUUAUAUUUAGUUUUCUAUUUCUUCUCAUCAGGGUCGUUUAAGCUAGACUUUUUAUUGAGGCAUAGACAAAUCUUAACAUUUAAUACCCAACAUUCAUUGGUGUAAUCCAGCUCCUGUAUAAAUUACUAGAUAGUCUGCUGUAAAGCCUCAACAGGCUGUGGAUUCUGUCUGCUGUUCAGUACACUGCCCUGUGCAGAAGUGCCAUUAAUACUUGGUAAAACCUUCCCCAAAGGACAAAUACUCCUUCAACAAUUGGUCCUUACCUUUUAUGAAAGAGCUGCACUUAAUCUUUGAAAACUAAAUUCACAAACAUUCUGAUAUAUUUUGGGCCAUUUGACCUAGCUGUAAAAUCUUGAGCUCUUCUGUUACAAGAACCAAUAAUUACAUUGAAGGAAAUGUCACUAAUGCAAGGUCAAAAUGGGGUGGGGGUGGGUGGCUGGCAUGAUUUUAAAAUGUUGGUUCGUUUUUGCUUGCAAAGCAUUGCUUGUGUUUUUGUGUUGGUUCAAAAAAGCAUUGUAUUUUGCCUUUUAAUUUACAAGAACGUGAUGUUUCUGUUUCAGACGAUAGAAUCCUUGUCAGUUACUCCAACGGCCACGAGUGUCCACAGAGGAACAAAAAAGCAACCACCGUGAUAGAACUGAAAUGUGGAAAAACAGUUGGCAUGCCAAGGUUUAAUAGGUAAAGUGUAAAGAGUAACUGGCUGCUGUAGUGUAGUUGAGGGCCUCUUGAAUGUUACUGUGAUUAAUGGGUACACCUCAGAUAUGUUGGUAGUACCUGCAGUGUUCCUUGAAUUGACAGUGAGGGGAGAGAGAAUUGCCACCUUUUUCCACCACACAUUCAUAAGAUUGGGAUCCAAGGCUACUUGGCACUGUGACCACAUCCUCACUGUUAUUCUGCUUUGACAGGCAUGGCUUAUCCCCAGAGAAUCCUCAGAAAUGUAGUUUGCUAAAGACGCAGAGAGCUGUUAGGCGACCCCUAUUCCUCUCACAGACCUGCAGUUCCCAGUGUGGCUUAUCAGUCGUUCUUCCCUAGGAGCUCUGGGGACUGUCUCCUAACAGCUCUCAGCACCCUUGGCAAAAUCCAGUUCCCAGGAUUUUGGGGGCGGAAGCCGUGAAUGUUAAAGUGGCCUUGCUAAAGGACUUGCAACUGGGUGGAGUUUUUGACCUUGGUAUCUUCAGGGUGACCAGUAGCCUUAGCUGCGAGUUUUGCCACAAAACAGCAUAAACGGAAUAAUAUUUGUGCUCUUGGCAUGAAUAGAAAUAGAAUUUGGUUGACCUGUAACAAGCGGAGGAAGGAAGAAAUGAAGCAGUAUUUAGAUACAUAAAUCCUGCAAUGUUUGAAUUACAGCAUAUUGUCAUUUAAUCAGCUUGUUCUGCAUCACGUCCCCUUUUCCUUUGUUCAAACACAACAGGCAUGAGUCCCACAGGCAUGAGUUGAAGUAAAAAUGUAACUAAGUAACAAUGCCAGCUUUAUGUUGGCUCAAGAGUCUUCUCUGGGCCUUGAUAUGUGGCACAUUCUGUGUCUCUACAUGGAUUAGCGGGUGGUUCCUCUCCAAGUGUCGGUUUUUCUCCAUUGAGUUCAGCCCUCUCCCACGCAUCUUCCUUGGCAAGGCCUCUCUCUCACAAGCACACUCUUCUCUGCCAGGGCUAAGAAACAGAGACAGUUCUUGUUUACUUUUCCUGAGUCAUUUUCUUCUUAUUGAGGGUCCUGACAUGAGCUAAAACUUGCCCCUUGGGCUCAGUAGACAGUUAUUGCCUCAGGUUGUCUGUUAGCAACUUGGUGGGGAUGGAAUUUUAAUUGUAUAAGCAACACCACCAACCACUAGGGGGUGCUGUUCCAUGUCAUUAGUGCUUACCUAAGGCUCCAUGUUUUCCUUGUUCUGUCUUGUCUGUCACAUGGUCUUGGAAAUGUUCCUAUAAAGAGCAGUUCUUUGUUGGAGACUUCUGCUGCCAGUUUUACUGCCAGAUCUCUAAUAAAGCCUUCAGGCAAGAGGGAGAUUUAUGCACUCCUGGUGUCUUUGAGCUUUCCUGUAUAUCUUUACAAACUUCUUUCUGCAGUGCUGAGUGUCAAAAGCAUUGUUCUUACAAGAAUCUUGGGAUACUAUUAUGCAAUUUGGCCCCGCUGAAUAGCUGAGGACUGUAGAAUGCAUGCAAAAAUAUGACAUGCCGCUUAUAUUUCCAGAUCCUCUUCAAAGCCUCCCUUUGCAAAGUUAUUUCUCUUUUCUAUCCCAGUUCUUUCUCUUGUUUCGUUUCUAAAAGACCGCAUAUAUGCGGCUGCAUUCACUCCCAGUCUUGAUGCUGGUAAUCCUCUUUUUGUUCCUUCCUGGUCAAGUGUAAUUUUAUUCAACUCCGUGGUGUUGAUGGUCUUAAAAUGUGUGUGUUCUGUGUUUCAAACUGGAAGAUGUUUCUAUGGGACACUGGCACUAGACUGAGAUGGAGAAGUUUUGUUCUUUUGUUGAUAACCAGGUUUUUCUGGAAGAGUGUAUGAUAUCCAUGCAGGGAUUGUGGUAGGGAGGAACGGUGUCAUAUGUUGCUGUCUACUGAGGAGUUAUUACCAAGUGAGCAGCUGCUGGAGGACAAUGGUUCUUGUGUGGAUAGCUUAAUUCCUGGGUCUCUUGGGGGGCUGCUUACCUGUUUCCCCUUCACUUACAUUAUCAAAACCAAUUCCGUGUUACAAAAAUCACAGACCUUAGGCUGCUAAGAAGGGCCAGUUUAACUGGUGAUUUUCUAGGGGAAAAUUAGAGCACACCAGUGCUUAUUAAGAUAAUCACAGUCUCAGAGCUAGAGCCUUGUUAGCCUGAAUGAUAAUCUGAUGCUGAUCAAAAUGGUCUCACUGUCCAUCAGAGCAAUUAAAUCAAGUUUAGAGCUUAGAGCAGGUAUUUCCAACUGUUCCACAACUUGCUCGUGGGCCACAAAUUACUCUCUUAGAUAUUCUGCUGUAGAAUAGGUGGAUACACCUGGUGUGAUUUCCAAGUUUAGAUGUAUUCAUAGAAACGUGCUAAAGGGGGCACAGUUUUAUCAGCUUGAAAUGAAACACUUGAAUAUAGACAGUCACAGAUAUGCAGCAAAUAAGUCUUAGCUGUUCCCUCUCCAUCACACGGCCUCUACCAUUGUGUCAUUUAUGCUUAUUGCUGGUAAACCUUUUCCUUGCUUCUCUGUAUUUCCUGUUAGGAUUGAUGAAGAAAAUUGUGCCUACUACAUCACAUGGGAAACUCGGGCUGCUUGCGCUGUGAAACCCCAGGAAGUAACAAUGAAGAAUGGCACAAUCAUAAAUCCAGUGACAGGGAAGAAUUUCAGUCUGGGCAAUAUAUAUUACAAGUAAGUAUACUCUCCUGGUGUAAAAGAAGUGGUAGAAAAGGCAGGGGUACAAAAAUUCCAGCCACUCAGUCGCUGCUUCAGACGUGCUUGGAGGUGACCAAAUAAGAUUAGUGCAUAUUGUAGAGUAGUAUCAAGUAACAACACAAGAUAACACAAUAUACUUGAAAGAAUAGCCUACUUGGAAGAGUCAUGAUAAGUUGGAGAUGUGCUGUGCUGGUCUCCUUGUUAAAUGGAACUGAACUUGAAAUAUGAACUUGGAUUAACAAUCAAGUGAGAAUAGGUGCUUAAGGUGACUAAUGCAUACUGAAUAUUUUGUUUGUUUGUUUGUUAACUCUGAUUAUAUUUGUUCCCUGUGUCUUUUAAAAACCAUGAAUCUACUCUGUUUCAGAUUAUACAAUGCUUCCGGUGAUAUAAGAGCAAAUGGUGACACCUACAUUUAUGAAAUUCAGCUUUCUGCCAUCACUGAUUCAAAGCACCAUCAAUGCUCUGGAGCCAACAUAUGUCAAGUUAAAACAUCAGAUACCCAUUUUAGGAAAAUUGGAUCUUCUAACAAGGCUAAAUAUCAUGUUCAGGGCAAGUACCUAUUGCUUCUAAUGUUAACUUAUUGGGUUACAGCAAACAUGCUUAGUGAUAUGUCUUGGAAAUGCAACAUCUGUUGAGAAAGCAUAGAUCAAACAUUAGUUUAGCUCAAGGAACUCCCUUAUUUUUUUCCCCUAAUCCAAAUAGCUGCAACAAAUCUAACACUGUUCUCUCUUUAAGAGGUCUUGAAUAUGAAUAGGUAAAUUGUAAUUUCUUAGAAACUUUGAAUCUUUCCUCUCUCUUUUUUGUAGAUGGUGAUUUGGAUGUCGUGUUCUCCUCAGAGUCCCAAUGUGGCAGAGACAAAACAAAAUUUGCAUCUUCAACCAUUUUCUUCCACUGCAGCCAGCAGGCCAAGGAAGGCAUCCCCCGAUUCCUUCAUGAGUCAUCAGAUUGCCAGUACUUGUUUACCUGGUACACUUCGGCAGUCUGUCCAUUGGUGUAAGUGAGAACACUGAAACCUGUCACUUCUUUCCCUAUGGGAUAACAGAGAGGGGUUGUACAUUACUAAAAGCCAUGUUGGAAUCUUGAGUAACACCUAAUAACCACACAGAGUGGCAGCCAUAGUAAUUCUGCAGUCAUAGUUAUGUGGGUUAGAUAGCACCUACCUUUUUUUAAGGGGUGUCGUGAUUGGCAAAUGGAUCUCACAUAAGGACAAAUCUCUGAGUCUCCCUAGUGUGUGUAUAUUAAAAAAAGAUUUAGAAUCCACUGAUUAAACUGCUUAUUCUGGAUGUCUCUAGCUUUUCCUUAUAUAACAGCUUAUUUUUUUAAAUUGAAGAAGAGUUUUUAACACAAUACUAAUGAAAUCUAAAACAAUAAAAGACUGAAACUCAAUAAAGUAAUAAAAUAAAACUAGUAAGCCUUGAAGUUCUCUAAAAAUCACAGGCAGAAUCCUGAAUUGGGUUUGGAAGCAAAAAGAACACUUGUGUAAGAAGAUAACCUUUUGAAUGCAGGCCCCUCCCUCUCAAUACUCUUUCUUUUUAUUGCCUGCAGAAGCUCCGAGCCAACAAACAACGAAACAUUUGUAGAAGAAAUUUAUAAAGGCCUUUCAGGAAGAAGCCAAGCGGUUGGUGCCAUACUGAGUUUGCUCCUUGUGGUCCUUACAGCAUGCCUAGUUAUCCUGUUACUUCAUAAAAAGGAAAGACGGUAAGGAGGAGGGAUGGAAUGGGGUUCCAGUUCUGCAAUAACUUCCUGGUCCUCACCCUCAUGCAAUUUUUUGUGAGUGCCAUGCAUUCAGAACAAUGGAUUCAGUCUUUGCAAAUCCAACCAGGGGCUAUGUUGAUCACUUCUAGUCCAUUGGCAGCACACAACCAGCAACAGCAGCACCAAGCUGCAGGUUUGAUCCUCAGGGACAGCUGCAUAUUCCUGCAUUGCAGGUGGUUGGACUAGAUGAUCCUCAGGCUUCCUUCCAACUCUGAUUCUAUGAUCUCCGCUUUGGGAUACUUCAACUCUCCUUAGGGAAUCUUGUGUCCAGAAGCAUCCAUGGUUACAUGCUUCAUUGCUGAAACUCCUAAGCACUAGUACAAUGGUCAUUCUCCCAUUCCUGCCUUCAUGCUUUCUACUGUGACCAAUCCACUCCCUCCCUCCCCCCUUCAUCAAGUCGCCUUCCUCUAUUCCCCAAGUUGCUCCUCAAAAUUGACUUUUUCAGCAGACCACCAGGCUUCUCUUCCUCUUACCUGCUAACAUCCUGUUAAAUCCUUCAACAAAUGAAGAGGGAUGGUGUACAGGGGAAGUAUGCAAGGGGAAGUAUGGAAAGGUUAGUGGGUGCUCUUGCUCUGAGCAAGCGCCUUCUAGUGCACCCUUCCACAUAAAAUAUUGCAUAGGGAACCUAUGGCCCUCCAGAUGUUGCUGGACCUGUUGGCCUUGCUGGCUGGGUUUGAUCCAAGUCCAAAAAUGGCUGGAAGGCCACAGAUUCCCCAUCCCUUCUGUAGAAGCUGAGGUAGGGCUAAACCAUCAGUUAAUAAUAGAGGUGAAUGAAGUAGUGAAUUUGUAAGUGGCAUUUUACUCAAAGUAUGUAACGCUAAUGUUUGCUAUUUUGUAGAGAAACCAUGAAGCAAAAGAUAGCCAACUGCUGUCGGAGAACAUCUAACGUUUCCUAUAAGUAUACAAAGGUAAUUGUUUCUCUGUGUGACUCAGAGGGUUUGCUCCAUUUGACUAUGAACUGUAUGCAUGGUUGCAAACUCUGCUUAAAAUCAUACUUGUUUCCAUGUAAUCAGGGGCUACUUGUGAUAUAAUAUAAAGUAGAUUUACUUAGCAAUUGAAGUCCUAUAGAAUCUCUUAAAAAACCCAAUCCUGAUUAUUCAUAACUUUGUUGUUGAGAGUCAGGGUUAACCCCUCCUGUCCUAUUCCAGUUUUUGAAGACUCCUAUGAAAGAAUUUCCAGGCUUCAUAUCUGAUUGAUGUGGGGAAUACUCAGAACAUUGGGCUUUCUAAUAUAGCUGUGUUAAGGGAUUUAAGCCAAAACUCUGAGAAUUGAACUUAUUUUUCAAGGUCAGUGCUGAAGCUUGGGAGCAAGAAAAAAGCAUAUUGAUACAGUGAAUAGAUCCAGCUCCUUUUGGUGUACAUAGAUUUCCUAAAUGAUUUCCCAUUCCCAAUAUGAACUUCAGGGGACAUAGUUAAUAGAAAUCCAUACGGGGCCUGGGGUGGAGGUGAGGGUGCACUUUGUGGCCAAGAAAUAACACCAGGUUAAGUUUGUAGUAAUUCCUUUGAAAUUGUUGAAUAGGAAUUGUUUCAGCUAUACUUUUAUAUGUAUGUAAGAAGAAAUUUGCAGAUUGGAAAAGUAAAAUGAAAUUCACUGGUACCUCUAGAUACAAACGGGAUCCGUUCCGGAGCCCCGUUCGCAUCUAGAGGUAAACGUAACUAGCAAUGGCACGUCUGCGCACGCACGCGUUGCUUUUCAGCGCUUCUCCACAUGACGUCAUUUUGAGCGUCUGCGCAUGCGCAAGCGGCGAAACCUGGAAGUAACGCGCUCUGUUACUUCCGGGUUGCCGCGGAGCGCAACUCAAACGCGCUCAACUCGAAGUGUAUUCAACCCGAGGUAUGACUGUAGUUGGUCAUAAGAUGAUGCCUUGGUCAGUCAGAUCUAUGGUCCAUAUAGCCCAGUAUUAUCUACUUGACGGGGAGCAGGGUCUCAGACCAGAGGCCUUUCCCAUCACUUGCUCCUAAAAUCCCCCCCCCCCCCGUUAUUGCUUGAUUUUUAUAAACUGGUGCCAGGUUGAAUUCUCCAUGGUUCUUUGCCACUGAGCUUGUGAUCCAUUUCCAAGAUGAGGUUUAUCUUGGGAUCCAUAGAAUGGUUGCGCAAAGACUUUAAAAUUCUGUUUGUUAACUGCACCCUCUUGAACAUGACAGAUAAGCACUGAAGAACUGAACGAGAACGAAAUGGAAUGGCUCAUGGAGGAGGUAGCUGCACCCAACCAGAAGUCAGGAAACGAAGGGCACGAAAACGGCCACAUCACCAGCAAAGUAGUUAAGUCGGAUGCUCUCACUUCUCUUCAUGUGGAUGAUAUGGACAGCGAGGAUGAAGUCCUCACAAUACCAGAAGUGAAGAUCCAUUCAGCGAGGGGUGUCCAGUCUAGUAGGCUUCCUCAUGACAAGACCCUUAACCUCCCAAGCAGCGAUAAGCCUGGCCUGCUCAAUGGCAACAAGAAUAGCAAAGGCAGCACCGCUUUUGGCCAACGGAAGCUACAGAACUCAGUGAAGACAGCUUCCUUUCAUGAUGACAGCGAUGAGGACCUGUUGAACGUUUAACCUUCAUUGUGCCUAAUCAAAAUUCCAUGUGUGUGUGUACAUAUAUAAAUAUAUAAAGGUGGGACAAACAAAAUACUUCCAACCAAAUACGAAGACUUUAGCUGCAGAUGCCUUUUGCAAGGGAGUGUUUCAAAGGGAAGGUGGGAGGAGGAAAGAAGGGUCAAUCCUAGUUGUUUACAAUGGUCUGUUUAGUGAUUACUGGAUUUCUAGCAUCCACCGGAAUGAAUUGUGGCAAUUCUUCUCCUCAGCCAGGAUUUGCACUCUCCCCGCUCUGUAGAUUGUAGAGGCUUCAUAAUGCUUCCAAAAGGUAGGCUCAGAUCUGAACGAAGUCCCCUCACCUUCAAGACGAGACUUGCAUUUUAACACUCUUAUUUUUAUUUAUUGUUCUCGGUACUCAGGUUCAUGAAAAUAAUAAUAAUAAGCAACUUGCUCUUCCUGCAGGCCAGGGUGUUUGUGUUACAGAUUCACCCCAUCACAUGAAAUGGAGAUGAGGGGUCCUCUGUAUGUUUGCUGGGUUGUUUUGAUGUACAUUUUGGAGCUGGUCUGUUUAAACUUGCCUGUACAUUUGAUUUCCCGUAUCCUAACUUAAAAUGCGUUAUGAUUUGAAAAGUGUUUUUACUGGAAGGUACAAAUCUUCAUAGCUUUAGCCUUGAACAGUGGCUGUUCGUUGCAUGUUGAGUCUCUUUUUGGGGGGUGGGGUUAGCCAAUCACAUUAAGUCAUUCAUCAGUAUUUACAAAACAUUUGGUGAAAUCACCCAGACCUCUCCUUUAGCUUUGCUGUUUCUUUCAAAGAGCAGUAAGGAAGGCAGAUGUUCACUGUUAUAACUGCUCCUAAUGUUGUCGUGAUGAGAAGAACACUGUAGCUCUUUUGAAAUGCGAUCCUGCUUCAGGGGCUGUAGAAGGCAGGGGGAACCCUGUCCUUUUUGGGAAAUGGCCCUUCUGGAAGAGUCUCCUAACCCUACCAUAUGGAACUAAUUUAUUCCAAGCCAAGCUAUGGAAUUUCUAGAACAUCAGCUUCACUGCCCUGGGAGAUGUGUGCCUGCUCAAAGCCACAGGCCAACAGAAGCCUUAAUUGCACAGACACAAACUUGAAUUUUGGCGGACACUGUGUGUGGACACUGAGAGGCAACAAAUGUUUUUUGGGUAAUAUCACUGAACAUCCAGGUCAGUUUUGCCUGCUGGAGCCACUGAAAUUAAAGUGUUGUUGGCAACAUUGAACGAAGAUCUCCCUAUAGCCAUUGACAUCUACUCUGUUUCUGACGGAUCUCACGGGCAAAGAGCAAGUUUCUAUGGACAAUGCACCAGUAUUUAACACUGGCUAGAAGCUCUUCCUUGUUUAUACCUUUUCCUAUUUACACUGGUUUGCUUAAGGUUGGCUUCCACUUAGGAAUCUGAUUUAAUGUAACAAAAAGUGUUCAAAUGAUUUCAAUAAAAGCUAAAUUAUGUUUCCCAGGAA